CACACACCAAAAAAAAAAAAAAAAAAAAGUAAACAGAGACUGGAGUUUACACGUCACUUCCGGGUAGGAGGACCAGACGGGGCUGCUGUGCAGUGAAUGUAAGCCGGAGGCGGUUGAGCGCGAGUCCCCGGCUUCAGGCACGCCGUGUAGGCCUCGGGCUAAAGGAGGGGAGUGUGGGAAGGCUCCGGGCCCGGCUCCUGUCAUGUCGGAGGAGGGUGGCUAAGAGACGUGACUAAGGUGAUGGGGAAAGCCAUAUUGGGUGCUGGGAUAUCUGUGAAGGCGCCAGCAUUGGGGGCAGAGUCAGCAUGGCAGCCAGCGUGUCUGUAUGGUUUCUGGCUUCCUAUAAUAGUGUGUGGGGGGAUAGAGCAGUUAUAUGACAGGCUUUGAGCUAUUAAUACCGUACAGUGGCAAUGCAGGUAUAACAGCAAAUGGAUAUACAUUCACACAGGGGGCAGUAAGUAAAUGGCAAUAUUAUGGGGCAGCAAAUACAUGGCCUAUAUAUAAAUAUAUAGGCUAUAAACAUAGAAUAUAUCCAUAAUAAUUCCAUACAAGAGACUACAAAUAUGUGAAAGUAAUGGGGCAGCAAAUACAUGGCAAGAAAGCGGAUAACUGCUUUAAAGGGACACUAUAGGCACCAAAACAACUUUUAGCUUAAUGAAGUAGUUGUGGUGUAUAGAUCAUGCCCCAGCAGUCUCUCCGCUCAAUUUACUGCCAUUUAGGAGUUAAAUCACUUUAUGUAGCCCUAGGCACACCUACGUGCACGUGACUUACGCCGCCAUGUAUUCCUAGGCUGUAGUGCACCCUCCCUCAUCCGCAGCACACAAAUUAUUUAAAAAUAAUCUUGUUACUUACCUGAACCCAGCUCCGAUUUCUAUCAGUGCUGAGUUAGGCUCCGCCUUGACAUCGGGGACGGCUGGUAACCACUAGAGUUGGAGUUCUCAAUAACUGCAAUAAUUACCGUUGCAGGGUUAAACUGACCGGGACAGUGCACCCAGACUAGUUCAAUAAGAUGAAGUGGGUGCCUAUGGUGUCCCUAUAAUUCCCUUUAAGCUAAAGUUGUUUUGAUGACUAUAGUGUCCCUUUAAAUACAUGUCAGUAUGAGGCAAUGUCAUAGGGGCAGCAUAUUUAUAAAAUGACAGACUUGAAAUAGGACUUUAAUAACAUAAGGGGCGCAAAGACAUGGCUGAAGACAGAAAAGAAUGUCAUAGCAAAUAAAUGGAAUGCUUAGUAAAUGUGUCGUUGAAUGAAGCAGUGGAAACAUGGUAAAGGGUAAUAAGUUUGCACGGGAUAAUAAAUACAUGGCAGAAGCACUUGAAUCUAUACUCCCUCUGUUUACUACAAACACGCCUGUCAGCGUCAAGCUCACAGGAACUGAAAAGCAAUCAUUAAAGGGAUACUAUAAGCAUCAAAACAAUUUUAGCUUAACAAAGCAGUUUUAGUGUAUAGAUCAUGCUCUUGAAAUCUCACUGCUCAAUUCUCUGCCUAUACCUUCUAUGGGAAAGCAUUGUGAUUGGCUGAGAUUAUCAAUUUUGAUGAUGUCAGUCAAGGAGGCAUAUCCGGGGCUGAGAACGACUGAAGGAACCCUGCUCUACCCUGAAAAAGGUGAGUAAAUCGCCUUUCUAACCAGAGGUAAGGAGGCAGACCACCUAAACAGUGGUUUUAGAACUAUAGUGUCAGGAAUAUACGAUUGUGUUCCUGACACUAUAGUGACCCCUUGACACUUUAUGGCAUCAUUCCUACUACCUACCCGUGCAAAGAAAAGUUUCUUGAAGGGACCUACCAUAUCAACAAGUCCUCUAUGGCACCAUCGUCUGCAACUUGGGAUGUGAUAGUCUGCUGCAAAUUUUUAAUAUAAAAACUAAAAACAAUGUAAAAAAGUGGAGCGCAAAAUACUUAAGUAGAUGACGACUCAAGGAUCCCAUAAACAAGAAAAUUAUACAAAUAGUGUAAUUCUGUUAAACUUCAGAACAUAUAUAUAUAUAUACAUACAUAAAUAUAUUAUAGUAAUGAUUCUUAGUAUGCAAUGAUGUAGGAAUAAAUGAAAAUACAAUUUAUUAAACAUAUAUUAUAAAUCAAUAAGUUAAAAACUGAUAAAGGAGGAGACUAUAUUUAAAAGAAGAAAAACUACCACAACAAGAGGACAUAGUCUUAAAUUAGAGGGACAAAGGUUUAAAAAUAUCAGGAAGUAUUGCUUUACUGAGAGGGUAGUGGAUGCAUGGAAUAGCCUUCCAGCUGAAGUGGUAGAGGUUAACACAGUAAAGGAGUUUAGCAUGCGUGGGAUAGGCAUAAGGCUAUCCUAACUAUAAGAUAAAGCUAGGGACUAAUGAAAGUAUUUAGAAAAUUGGGCGACUAGAUGGGCCGAAUGGUUCUUAUCUGCCGUCACAUUCUAUGUUUCUAUAUGUAAAUUGCACAUAAUAUGGAGAUGAGUAUAACUGCCUCUUAAUGGAGAUAGGUAGUGAGCAUGUCCAGUAUGCAACACCGCUACUUACAAAUGCUUGGACCUUCAGACUGUCAACUAGUGUUUUCAGCUUCCAAGGCUUCGAUCUGCUACCUCCGUGCAGUCUUCCUAGUUCAACAAACUCAUGCAUAUAUAUGUGCAUAUAUCUUUUCGUAUCUUGCGGCCUUCACUGGCUCCGCCCACUUUGACACCAGAUUUCAUGGCAGCUUCCAUAGAAGUUUGUGUUGUAAUCUUGCACAUGUGUGAGAGAACAGCACUGACGUCAGCUAAUUCAGAUGAAGCACCAGGAGCUGAAGAGGACCUCACAGAAGAAGAUGGUGGGAGCUGCAUAGGGCAAGUUCAGGAAAGUAAAAACAUCCCAGUCCACUGCACUGCAAACAGAGCUGCCACCAUGUAAGCUUUUUGCUAAAUUUGCCUUAGAAGGUGACAGAUCUAUUUUAAUUCUAAUGUUCUAAGUUCUGCAAAUCUAUUUACACAGAAUCAACACAUUACCUUAUAAGUGUCACUGCUUUGUUUCUCUAGAUUUGAACAAAGCUGAGAUUUCCUUAUUUUCUAUCUUAUUAAAUAUGCUAAGUAGAAUUAGCAGAAUAGUAUGUAGAAGUAUUAAAAUCAUUCUUCAGGCAUCCAUGCUUCUUAAGUUUCUAUUAAAUAUCCUGGAUAGGUCACAUCCUGACUGCAGAAGCUGCCAACCCUUUGGAUUUGCAGGAAUGCAGUAACUUCAAAUGUCUCCUUUCAUUAUUACCAAAUGUUGAAGAUUGUAAUUAUCCAUUGUAUUGACAAAAGGAGGGAUAAUGUGCUAAGCUACUUAAAGGAACACUAUAGUCACAUAAAUUACUUUAGCUAAAUAAAGCAGUUUUAGUGUAUAGAUCAUUCCCUUGCAAUUUCACUGCUCAAUUCACUGUCAUUUAGGAGUUAAAUCACUUUGUUUCUGUUUAUGCAGCCCUAGCCACACCUCCCCUGGCUAUGAUUGACAGAGCCUGCAUGGAAAAAAACCUGGUUUCACUUUCAAACAGAUGUAAUUUACCUUAAAUAAUUGUAUCUCAAUCUCUAAAUUGAACUUUAAUCACAUACAGGAGGCUCUUGCAGGGUCUAGCAAGCUAUUAACAUAGCAGGGGAUAAGAAAAUCUUAAUUAAACAGAACUUGCAAUAAAGAAAGCCUAAAUAGGGCUCUCUUUACAGGAAGUGUUUAUGGAAGGCUGUGCAAGUCACAUGCAGGGAGGUGUGACUAGGGUUCAUAAACAAAGGGAUUUAACUCCUAAAUGGCAGAGGAUUGAGCAGUGAGGCUGCAGGGGCAUGUUCUAUACACCAAAACUACUUCAUUACGCUAAAGUUGUUCAGGUGACUAUAGUGUCCCUUUAAUGUUUCUGGUCUCUUUGUGACAUUGCUAUACUGGGGGAAACUUUCAUUUUAUUUUCAAUACAUCUACAUAUUAGGUGCAAUGCACCAUUUGGUAACAGUGGAGGCCCUUCUUCCUCUAUUGUUUCCAAUGCAAGUAGUUAAAGGGUUUGUCUAUCCACCAAACCACUUCAUUAAUUUGGUGCCUGAAGUGAUACUGCACAUAUGGAAAACAUAAAAAGGGAUAAUUAGCCAAUUUCUAGGAAGGGGAGGGAGGUAACUCAUGCUAAAAUUAAUUAAAAGAACAAAUAUAUUCCUGGAACAAAUUUUACCAAUGUUAAUAACACUUAACUUUUAUUGCUAGCAUUAAAAAGAAAAAUUAUGUAGAACACAAAACUUGUUAAAAAGGCAGCUAGUCGAUGCCAGACAACGUCCAAUAUCUUGCUAAAACACUAGAUAACUCUCUCCACACACCAACAAACAGCUAUGCUAGCGGAAUUGCCAUAAGGCAACCCCAAGGGAAUAGCUUCCUUAUACCUAUAUUAUUUUAAUUAAGAUACGAUACUCUUACCCAAGGGUUUUGAUCCUAUUCAUCGGUGGACAGCCUAGUAGAUUACUAUUUCAUAAUGAGCUUCACAAAUCAUAUUAUGAGCAGUGUAAAAUGAAAGGAAGGAGGGGAAGAAAGAGAAAAUAGGAAAAUUUAUUUAUUUUUAUAUAUAUAUAUAUAUAUAUAUCCAAAAGUACAAAAUAGCACUCCAGGGACUUCCAAGUAGAAUGAAUAAAACUUAGCUUUUAUUAGCUCAAAAUAAAAAUCAACGUUUCAGUCUGAAAGUCUGAUACAGACUGAAACGUUGAUUUUUAUUUUGAGCUAAUAAAAGCUAAGUUUUAUUCAUUCUACUUGGAAGUCCCUGGAGUGCUAUCUUGUACUUUUGGCUGUAUCUGUUUGCUGAUAAGCACUGGGCAAGUACAUCAAGGAAGGUGGAGUGCAUUACUAUUUUUUAUUUUUUUUAUACACAUAUAUAAAUGUAUAUAGAGGGGGGACAACUUAGGGGCAGUAGCUCGUAUCAGUAUAAGAAAUUUGUGUUGGUAGAUUUCUUAUAGCGAGAAGUGUAUGAGUCAUCAAUUUACGUGCUUCUCCUUAAAUGUUAAUGGUUUAGUCCUCUAAAAAGAAGCGCCACUAUACAAGAAAUUAACAAAUCAAAGGCAGCAAUAAUUUGUCUGCAGGAAACUCAUUUCUGUAAGCGGAAUCCUCCAAUUUUUAAUCCAAGAGGUUAUCCUCAAAUGUUUCAUGCGCUAUCUCCCCAUAAGUCUAAAGGAGUGUCAGUAAUGUUCCAUUCAGAUUGGGUAUUCCAACUAGAUAAACAAUAUUGUAAUGAGAUAGGUAGACUAUUGGUUGUAGUAGGCUUGAUGAACGGAAUGCAAAUUACAGGGGCCUCGGUGUAUGCACCUAAUGAGUCUCAAGCCUCCUUUUUUAACAAAGGUGUUUUCUAGGAUUGCUAAAUGGCGUCAAGGCCAUAUUAUUAUUUGUGGAGAUUUUAAUUGUACAUUAGAUACUGAAUUGGAUAUUAAAAGGGAACAAGGUAAAAAUCCACUUUCUCCCUGAGUAAAAGAUGUUCUUCAUUAUUUUUAUUGCAUGAUUAUUAUGACACAUGGCAUAGCCUCUACCCUGCAGCCAGGGAUUAUACUUACCUAUCUCAGGUUCACCAUACCUACUCAAGAAUAGAUAUGUGUUUGGUUGAUAAAUUGACAUUACAAAAUGUAUCAAAGGUAAUCAUAGGUACAAGGACAUGCUCUGCUCAUGCUCCAGUAAUUACCACGUUUAGGACCCUUUAUUCGGCAAGAGGGAGGAGUACUUGGCGUCUGAAUGAGACGCUAUGAAGUGAGGUCACUAAGAUAACCAUAUUUGCUAAAGCGAUCCAAUUAUACUACACGGAUCACCUUAGCGAUACAUGUCAUAUUACUUCUAAAUGGCUGGCCCUAAAAGCAAUAAUGCGCAGCAUUUUUAUUCAGGCGGGUUCAAGAUGCAAAAAGCAGGAAAAUGAAGAUAAAAAAAAAAAAAAGGCUUUUAGAGAAACUUAUUGAACUAGAAAACAGUAACAAAUUAAAUCCAUCUAAAAACACAACAAUACAACUCAAUAAGGUUAAAAGGGAUUUGCAGUCUUUGAACUUGAAGGUAGUAAAAGGACAAAUGAGAGCUUAAUUUAACCCAUUAUAUGCAAGGCAACAAAGUAAGUAAACUACUGGCUAAGAGGUUAAAAUCUAGAGCCCAACAAACUACGUUACCCUAUAUGGUAUCCGCCAACAAUAGCAAGCUGUUUAAUCCCCAAGAUAUUGUUGAAGAACUUGCUGUUUACUAUAACAAACUAUAUAAUCUCAAUUUGAAUCAGGAUACUUACCAGCCCUAUAGAGAUGAAAUACAAGCUUUUUUUUUUUAGAGGAAAGCUCAACAAUGCCAGUCGUUGAUAGAACCAUUUUUGGAAGAGGAAGUACUAAAAGUAAUGAACGCACUGCCUAGACAUAAAGCACCAGGCCCGGACGGGUUUUCAAAUCUUUUUUACUUAAAGGACCACUCUAGGCACCCAGACCACUUCAGCUUAAUGAAGUGGUCUGGGUGCCAGGUCCUUCUAGAGUUAACCCAUUUUUUUAUAAACCUAGCAGUUUCAGAGAAACUAUGUUUAUUAAUGGGUUAAGCCUUCCCCCAAAGCCUCUAGUGGCUGUCUCAUUGACAAGCCACUAGAGGCGCUUGCGUGCGUCUCACUGUGAUUUUCACAGUGAGAGCACGCCAGCGUCCAUAGGAAAGCAUUGUAAAUGCUUUCCUAUGUGACCGGCUGAAUGCGCGCGCAGCUCUUGCCGCUGCGCAUUCAGCCGACGGGCGAAACGGAGGAGGGAGAGGGAGGAGGAGAGCUCCCCGCCCAGCGCUGGAAAAAGGUAAGUUUUUACCCCUUUCCCCUUCCAGAGCCGGGCGGGAGGGGGUCCCUGAGGGUGGGGGCACCCUCAGGGCACUAUAGUGCCAGGAAAACGAGUAUGUUUUCCUGGCACUAUAGUGGUCCUUUAACAUUUGGGUCCCAACUGAUACUGCAUCUUCCGAAAUUUUUUAAUUAGGGAGAUGUUAUUAACACCUGUUGUAACACUGCCUAAACCUGGCAAACCUCCAACAGAAUGCGCUAAUUUUAGGCCGAUAUCAUUGUUAAAUGUCGAUACUAAAAUUUACUCAAAAUUAAUAGCCUCACGUAUAAAACCAGUGUUGAUCAAUAUGAUAUCUCAGGAACAAGCUGGUUUAGUUCCUUUUAGGCAUGAAAUUAGUAAAUUGGGCCCAAGAUAACGAUCAACAAGGCUUAGUGUUAUCUUUAGAUGCCGAAAAGGCAUUUGAUAAUUUAAAUUGGACUUGUAUAGAAGAAGUUUUGCGUAAGGUGGGCUUUCCCCCUGCUUUUUUGGAUAGUAUUUUGGUUAUGUAUAAACAUCAUUCAGUGAGAGUUUAUAGCUCGGGUUUCCUUUCAUCUUCUUUUAAUAUAACGAAUGGUACAAGGCAGGGAUGCCCUCUCUCUCCACUGAUCUUUAUAUUAUGCCUAGAACCCCUAAUACUACAUAUCAAUAAACAUAAUAAAAUAAAGGGCUUACAAACACCAGCAGGAGAAAUGAAAGUGGCGCUUUUUCAGGACGACGUAUUACUAUUUCUAUCUGAUCCCCCAGUAUCAUUACCAAACCUUAUGGCUCUAUUAGGGAGUUUUGGAUGGGUCUCCUAUUAAUAAAAUAAAAAAAAUAAAAAAUAAUUCAAAGAAAACCCAAGCCAUGGCUAUACAUUUGUCGGUACAGUUGGCAGCUACCUUGAAAUCCACAUAUUUAUUUAAUUGGCGCACUACGUCAAUAUCUUAUUUAGGUUUAAAACUUACUAAGACACAAAGCUGCAUAAAUUAGAUAAGCAACUGAGAUCAUGGGAGGAUAGGGGAGUAUCGUGGUUGGGCAGUAUAAAUACGGUAAAGAUGAUAUUACUAAAUAUUUUAUAUCUUUUUAGAACAUUACCAAUCACUUUACCUAAUGCACUCAUAAUGAAAUUCCAAAGGAUCAUUAAUGCACAUAUAUGGAAAAAAAACCCUCAGAGAAUAGCGCAGAAUUUACUAUGGAGAACUUAUGUGAAAGGGGGUUUAAACAUUCCAAACAUAGUUGUAUUAUAAGGCCUCUAUAAUAGCGCAAGGUAUGUCCAUAUUAGAACGCAGGGUUCCCCCAAUAUGGUUAAAGUUGGAGAAUGCGUGCAUACUUGGGGGUACAGUAGAACAGGCAUUAUGGGUUGGCCAAGGGAGACAGUGCCAUGCUGUCUCCUACUAAGGGAUUUUAAAAACUUGAGAGCAGACAGUAACUAAAAUGGAAGUGGCUAAGGCAUUGUUAUGGGAGACACCUAUUCAGGUUAUUGCCUCCUUCGCCACGGAUUUAUGUUUAGACACGUGGAAAAAGUAUGGGGUUUGUCAUGUGGGUGCUUUAUAUAAUGAAGCCGGCAUUAAAUUGUUUCCUUCAGGAAACAUACCUUUUGCCAUCCCAAGAACUUUUUACUUACCUGCGUUUGAAACAUAUUUUGAUUACAGCAUUUCCUAAGAUACCGGAAAAUACCAUGACUACACCAUUUGUGCAAAAGUUGUGGGGAUAUUUAUGGGAUAAUAAUAGUAAACAGUUGAGAAUUGCCCACUAAUUCAGUUCUCAGAUCCCAAAGAACGUUUAUCGUAAGUGAGAAAUAUUUCAUAUAAUAAUAUCACAAUGUAUAAAAAUAGAUUUUUAUUUAUAAUGACUAAUUAAUAAUAAUAUGUAACAUGCGUGACAAUAAUCAAUGAAUAUUCAGUAUAAAAUGGUAUGCAAUACAAAGGAAUGGGUAUUACGUUUCAAUGGCUAAACAGCAUUAUCUGUCAAGACUUACACGAUUUAUGACUAUCUUUAACACAGACUGAAAGUGAAACUUUUCACAGCGAAGAACAGAAUUCCUCAGAGUGCAGCGUAAGGUCGUAAAGUUUAGCUGACAGUUAGAAUAACCCUUUCAAUGCUGGCUAGAUCUCCUAGGUAAUUAAGAUCUAUUCUUAUGUAAUUUUAAAUAAAAUAAUAUUUAAACCAGUUCAUUAGUCAUUUCCUGGAACCAUCCAAUAAGAGAAUCUACCAUAUUAUAUAAGCAGAGUUUGUUUUUAAUUUGCCUAAAUAGUUCUCUUAUCUUAUAUUAGAGCAAAUCAAUACACCUGGAUAAAAACAGCGGUAUGCUAACACGUGAUAAUAUCACAUUAAUAUAUAAUUAUUCUUAAUUCCACCUGCAGAAUGGAAUGUUUAUAACUAUAUAUUCUUUUAGUUAACUAAGAUUUCUUAAUAUGGAAAUCUGACCGUGCUUUAUCCAGUCAUAUAUAAUGCUAUUAAUACAUUUUAAUUAAUUUAAUUAAUUAAAUGAAACCAGUAUAAUUACCAGUUGAGUAGAUAUUUCAUCCGAUUGGUAGUCUCAGGAACUUAUUUGGAUGUCUCUCUGCAUGGAGGUUGGAGUCCCCAAACUUCCAAUUCCUCUCUCCUCUUUUUCUUUCUCCUUUGCAUCUCUUGCAUCCCUCUAUCUUCCCUUUGUCUUAACUUUUAAAGGGCCAGACUCUCUGUACGUCAUCAGUUGAUAACCCAAUAGAAGCACUAGAGGUGUGGUUAUCUUCCAGAUCGCAAUUUAGGUAUUUGGUCUAUAGAGGGCAGUCUUGUCCCACUAAACAUACCUAUCCAGGAAAGAGUUAACUUUUCCUGGUGGCUAUUUUGACGUCAUUUUGCUUAUCUCAAAUGACCACUAUAACUUACGUAUCCUUCACAGAUCAAAGGGUUUCUUUAAGUUUUGUCCAGACUAUGUGUCUGCAAAUCUGAGUUUUUUUCUGAUAUGGCAGAUCAUGAACUAAGUUUACCCUUUUCCAUACAAUGGUACCAUAUAUAUAUAUAUAUAUAUAUAUAUAUAUAUAUAUACAGUUAAAUUUUAUUAUUUAAUCUUCUCUGUCACAAUUGUCUGGGUUUAGAUUUGAUUAUAUUCCAUUAGCAUUAGACAGUCUGUCCAACCCCCGUUUCUGCUUAUCACUUGUUUAUACUAUGCAUUCCUUUAGCUCUGGGAAAGUGGUUAGUUUACAGAUAGAAAUCUUGUGUCUUUUUGUUAACUUGGAAAUAACAAAAUGGAGUCUGGUCUGUUCAGAGUGACUCAGAAUAUACACUUUUAAUUUCUCUCAUAGCACAAGAUGUCUGCCGAUAUAAAUACCCUGACAAAGUGCAAAGGGAAACUUACACAUAAUAAUCGGAUUUCCUUUUGUUAUACUAUCCUUAUGUCCUUAGAAGAAGAGGACAUUGUAGAUUAUAUGAAAAAAUGGGAAAAAGAUUUAAACAGGCAGCUCCCGAGGGAAAACUGGCACAAGGCAUUCAGAAGUAAAAGGGCUUCUAGGAGUUUAGCACAUUGGGUAGCAUAUUGUAAAUUAAACAUGAGAUGGUACAUGGUGCCCACAAAAAUAGCACGUUUAUAUCCUGGAACACCUGCAGAAUGCUGGAGAUGCCAGGUGGAAACUGGUACCUUUUAUCACAUUUUUUGGGAGUGCUAAAAAAUAACCCCAAUAUGGAAUGCGAUAGAAAAGUUGUUUAGUUUAGGUCUAAGGGUAGAUAUUCCGAAACAACCGGAAUCAUAUCUCCUACAUAUGUUUUCGAUAACACUCCCGGAAGAGGUAUUAACAAUAAUUAUACAAUGUUUAAUAGGGGUUAAAAUAGCUAUCACAUAUAAAUGGAAGCAGCCAAACCCGCCAACCUUAAUAGAAGUUAGGAAUCGCCUCGAUACAUCAAGUAAUUAGGAAAGGAUGGCAAGUCACUUUAUAGGAGAUGAAGAUAAAUAUGUAAAAAAAAUGGCAGAAAUGGAUGGCGAUUAGGAACAUAUAUCUGCAGCUGCAGAAAUAAAUUAAAAUUAAAGCAGUUCUUUAAAAAGUUUGAAGAGGUUAUUUAAGGUUAUGGUUUAUAGGUAAGAGUAAGAAUUAGUAGAAUAUACCUUUUUAGAUAAUUAGAGGACAGAAUUGGAUAAGGAAAUAUCCCCAGAAUAUAAGAAGGAACUGUUGUAGAAUAUGGUCGGCCUUACAAUAACUUUUAGGAAUAGGUUAAGAAAUAAUCAACAUAAUAACAGAAGGUUGAAUAUAGGCUGUUUCCACUGCAUUUCCCCCACCACCACUUUUAAUCCUAUCUUUGUUUAUUAUAAGCAAAUGUAUAUUAUGGUAAUGCUUUUGCAGUUACUUAUGCCACCACUAUUUGGUUUAAACAGAAUUUUUUUUUUUAGAUUGGCUAACGGUGCUCAUUUACAAAAGUGUAUAAUGAGUUGUAAACGUUGAGUCUUUAGACAUUAUUUAAAUUAGACUGUUGUAUUUUCCACAUCAAACGUGCUUAACCUGUGUCACACUAAUGUAAUAGGGGCUCAGUGUGGAUAAAUUAUAUUCAUAAGGAUUUACUAGAUCAUCUUAUUAGAUUAGAGAUUUAUUAAUAUGUAGUGGAUAUAUUUUGGUUGAAGUUCAGAAAAUUUUUACAGGUGGUAUGGAAUCUGAAAUUAGUAAUGUGUAACUGUAAUCUGUUUAUUGCAUUAUGUUGGAAGAUGUGCAUAUUCAUUUUUUCCUUUUUAUAUGUUAUGCUUAUAUUGCUGAUGUUUAUAUCUAUCGUGUGGUGCAUAACGUGACUGCGAUCACAUAUAACCCAGUUUUUUUUGUUGUUUUUUUUUUUUGUAUAAAUAAAAUAAGACAUAAAAAAGAUACGAUACUUACCAAUCUAAAUACAAUAAUUAAGUGCAUAAAGCUGAUAAUACACAUUGAUUCAAAGCAAUGUAGAUUGUUAGUGUAUUACACAUUGUUCUUUCAACUGUCUACAUGUAUGUGUAAUGUUUUACCUACUGCCUAAGACAAAAUAAAGAAGGAAAGGCUAGGAAAAAGUCUAGUGGAUACAAAGUGUGCGUGAGUGUUGAUACAUUUACCAGCUAGUAACUGAUUACAAUGUAACAAAAAAGACUCAGUUUUUUAGGUUGUUUGACUAGACAGUGUUCAGAGCAAAAAUGUAGAUGCCCUUGAAGGCACUUGGAUGGUUGCCUUUUACUAUAUCUGCUUUAGAAAUAACCUUGGUUAGAGUUCUGAAUCAUUGCAAUUCUUUUGUGGGAAACAUUUACUGUGGCCAUUUUUGUUACAUUGUAUUUAGUUACUAGCUGGUCUGGUGUGCUUUUUAAAUAUAUAUCCCCCCUUCUCUCCCCCCUUUUCUCCCCCCUUCUCUCCCCAGAAAUGAAUGAUUCAAGCUUAGUAAAUUAACAUUUCCUAUGUUUGAAAUCAUGGCACUUGCGUGAGAGUUAAAUUAACGUAAUAUUUUUCUUGCAGAAGCAGAACUAUGAGCACGUGCCGUUGGUGUACUCCUGGCGGUUCUGUAACCGUCGACCUUUUGAAUAAGUAUGCCGCAGGGGAGUUGCACGGCACAGAUCUUCUUGGAGCCAAUGAUGACCUCUGUUACUGUAUGGAGUGUGUUCUGGAGUACCACCGAGCACGAGAUGGAUCUCCAAAUUUGCACAAGGUAACCCAUUCAAUAUAGAACCUAAGUAUGUUUUAAAGAAUACCUGUGAUUUCUCAGGAUUUGUAAUGCUGUGUUUUCUUAUGUUCCAUAUUUAACAAAUAUGUGUUUGUGUCUGAAAAAUAAAAUCCUAAAAAAGAAAAAAGUUCUGGGCACCAGCAAUAGCCCUGGUUUAGGUCAAAGGCACUAUAGACACGAUAACCACUACAGCUUGUUGUAGUGAUUAUGGUGUUUAUUAUCCCAUUUAGCGACUGAAACAACCAUGAUUGAGUUUAUAUCUAUUAUGUUUGAUUUUUGCUUUUGAUUAGAAUUUGACUUGUUUUCAUAUCUGGUUCUACCCAGAGGCUGUGGAAUCUGGAAACAUCCCGAGUCAUUGCCCAGCUCGAGAAAUCUAUGCAUGAAGAGAUAGACGAAGAUGAUGAGCUCUUCUUCGUGGACGAAGAUGGAGAGAAACCGAUUUUUGGGUACACAGGCCCUAACUUUGAAAGCAAUGUUCGAGUACCACUUCUGGAAUCUCUCAAGUAUCCUUAUUUAUUACUCAACCAACGAGUCAGUAAGUACAGCUUUACUGUCUGAGGUCAGCACAAAUGUAAUUACAACGUAAAUGUAUGUGUUUAUUAAUUAUAUAACCAGGAGAAAUACAUUGAGAUUUCACUCAAAUUUGAAUCUGCUCUCUCACAGACAAUGUCUAUUAUUUAUUUUUCCUGGCUAAUCAUGGCAGCAUUUAACAUAUGGGUUUAGCUCCUCCCUCUAACCCUCAGGACAGGAAACACAAUCAAUUAAACAAUUAAGCAUACCUUCCCCUUGUAUAAUAGGAACCCCAUCAGCCAUCACACCUCAGUCUUUUUUUCCUGUCCUCAUAGCCCUAGGACAGUUAAUUUUUUUUUUUUUUCUCCCUGAAUUUUAAAGGGUAAAGUUUUUCUUUAUGCUCACCUGAUCAUGCUGCUAUGAUCUUCACCCUGUGGAGGUCAGCCUCCCUCCACAGGAAGCCCAGGCACAUGUAGCCCUUUCUCUCCUCGAGCAGGGAACCAUGGUGGGUAGUCCCCCUGGCAUCUGGAGCCUGAGUUUGCAGGAUAAAGCCUCCAGACCUCGAUCAGACGAUCAUCUAUCCGGUAAGACGCCCGCGCAUGCGCAAUGGCCACGACCGGAUUUUCGGCAUGUUUGCCCUCAUCCAAAAUGGCGGAUCCGCGGACUUGCCGCCAAUCGGCGCAUGCGCGCCUCCUUAAAGGCACAGAGCGGGAAAUUUGAAAAUGGCGGUAUUUCUUCAAAAAAGCUGGCGUUUUCAGUUCCCUCUGUUAUUCAGUGCUCUCUGGUGCCAUAUUCUGUCUCUGCAGGUAUGUUUUUUUUAUGCAGCCCUUAUAUAAAUAUAAAAAUGGAUCCUGCAUCUCCAUCAGCUAAAUCAACAAGAUCUACUAUAGGUCAUAGGUGAGCAUUACGAUAUAUACUAUUUUUCUACAUUAAAAAAGAGUGCAUGGAGGGUACAGUCAUAUGACUUCUGUGUUUUACAGCCCUCAAGACCGGUCUGGCCCUAGAUCUCCAUCUAAGAGGAGGGAUAAACCGGCGGCCUGCCCUGGAUGUGGCACAAGGCCUUUGGAUAACUGCAGGUUAUGCCGCAAAUGUUUAUCCAUGAUUGCAGGAGAGUCGGAACAUCGCAGGUCUCCUCAAGCCUCUACGUCCUCAUCUCAGGAUAUAGCUUAUUGGAUUAAGCAAGCAGUGGCGGAAGGGAUUUCAGAAUCCAAUAGAGGCAAAAGACCCAGGCGUGAGAGCUUUGGCCACGAAUCCGACCUAUCUGAAGAUGACUUCAGACAUCCUGCUGGUUCCUUGGAUUUGGAGCUUAUCUCUUCUAAGGCGAUGGAGCAUCUAAUCAAGGCAGUGAGAAAGACUCUAGAUUUGCCAGAAGAAGUCAGGGAAGUUUCUACUUCUGAUAGACACUUCGGAGAUCUCCAUAAGAGGAAACCUUCCUUUCCAGUGCACAGAUCCAUUAAGGAACUGAUUCGUUCAGAAUGGAAUACUCCUGGUAAAAGGAUUACAAGUCAGGGUAGAUUAUCAAAAUUGUACCCGAUUAAGGAGGAGGAUUCAAGAAUGUGGACAGCGAUCCCUAAAGUGGAUGCUCCAAUUAUUAAGGUGGCAAAAAGAUCAACUCUUCCGAUAGUAAUGCUUCUCUCAAAGAACCCAUGGAUAAGAGAAUUGACGCAGAUCUUUCUAAGGUCUUCACUACAGCAGGCUUGGGUUGUCAUCCAGCAGUCUCUAUCUCUGCUUUGUCCAGAGCAUUACGUUCAUGGAUUCUUGAUUUGGAAGAGGAUAUUGAGAGAGGUGUGAGUAGACGUCGCAUGACGGACUCCUUGAAGGAGAUCAAACUGGCCAGUGAUUGGCUGUUGGAAUCCUCCACAGAUCUUAUCAGGAUUUUUUCCAAGGUUAUGGCUCAUUCGGUUACUGCCAGAAGGGCUCUUUGGUUGAGAUCCUGGGGAGCUGACCUAUCUUCCAAGAAUAAUUUGUGUACCUUGCCAUUUCUGGGAGAGGUGCUUUUUGGCAGACCACUUGAGGAGGCGAUUAAAAGAGCGGCUGAGGUCAAGCAAAUCUUGCUUCCACAGGACAGGCGUCCAAAAAGACCACAACAGGACCAUCGUCCUUACAGGCCACAGGGAGGAUAUAGAGAUAGUAAAACCUAUCGUCCAGGCAGAGAAUAUGCUCGGCUCUCCAAUUGGAAGAGUGGUCAAACCGGAAAAUCUUCCAGACCAAAGGCUCAAAAUUCCUCCUUUCGCCCCACCAGACAGUUCUGAAGGUGGCUUAUACCAGGUUCCCCAUGUAGGAGCACGCCUUUCGUUCUUCUGGAGGACCUGGAGUGUGAUUCCAGAUGCUUGGGUGAAUUCCGUAAUCACCGCAGGAUAUUCUCUGGAGUUCGAAGAUAUUUCCCCUCCACCAAGAUUCAUCAGAACAAGACUCCCUGUCGACAGACAAAAAAGAGAAGUCUUGACCCAUUAUGUUGCCAAUCUUUUUCUGGAAAGGGUCAUUGUCCCGGUUCCUGUGAAAGAAAGGUUCCAAGGGUUCUAUUCUCCCCUGUUCUUAGUAAAGAAACCAGGAGGAAAGUGGAGACCUAUUCUAGACCUACACCAGCUCAACAUCUUCUUAAGGAUAAGAAAGUUUCGUAUGGAAUCCAUCCGUUCCAUCAUUCCAGUGAUUCACCACAGAGACUGGUUAAUCUCAAUAGACCUAAAAGAUGCCUACUUCCAUGUUCCGGUCACAGAAAGACAUCAGAAGUUUCUUCGAUGCUGUGUAAAAGGGGAGCACUUCCAGUUUCAGGCUCUUCCCUUUGGGAUAAGUACGGCCCCGAGAACCUUCUCAAAGAUACUGGUCACGGUAAUUGCUUUCCUGAGGAAGAUGGAUGUAGCAAUUUACCACUACCUCGACGACAUUCUGGUAGUGGCCUCAGACUUCGAGAUGUUACUCCAACACAGACAUCUAGUACUCGAGACUCUCUCUCGGUUUGGGUGGCUAAUCAACCACGAGAAGAGUCAUUUAAAACCUUCAAGGGAGCUGGUGUUCUUAGGAGCAUGCUUCAAUACCCUCAAUGCGAUGGUAUCUCUCGCCCAAGAAAGAAAAUUGAAGUUGCAGGAUCGGAUGCAGGUUUUUCUUCAGAAGACUUCUGCUUCCGCAAGGGAGUUUAUGAAACUCCUGGGUACCCUGACCUCUACUAUAGACCUGGUCAGAUGGGCGCAUUGGAAUCUUCGUCCUCUUCAGCAGCAUCUCCUGAAAAACUUCAAAUCCAGCUCAGACGACUGGGAGAAGCAGAUCCACAUUCCUCUCAGCCUGAAAAGGAAGCUUCAUUGGUGGAUGAAAGAAGAAAACAUCUCCAGAGGUUUUCCUUUGAAGGAGGUCGACUGGGUAGUCAUCACGACAGAUGCCAGUCAGUUCGGUUGGGGUGCUCAUCUGGGAAAUUCCUUUGUCCAAGCAGAAUGGACUCAGAAUGCUCAGCACCUGCCUUCAAAUAUAAGGGAAUUGAGAGCAACGUUUCUGGCUCUUCUUCAUUUUCGGCAUCUGAUCAAAAGAGCCUGGGUAAAGUUGAGAGUGGACAACAGAGCGACUGCCGCCUAUAUCAACCAUCAAGGCGGCACCAGGAGUGUUUCACUGAUGAAAGAAGUAUCAGCAAUCAUGACCUGGGCACAAAUACAUGUGGAAGGUCUACGUGCGGUCUAUCUUCCAGGAAAGGAGAAUGUCUUGGCGGACUUCCUCAGCAGACACCUGGUAGAAGCCACGGAAUGGCACCUGUCAAGGACGGUGUUUCAGCAAUUGGUCCAGAGGUGGGGUCUUCCCCAAGUGGAUCUCAUGGCUACAGCUCAGAACACUCAAGUUCCUUGUUUUGUUUCAAGGAGAUUCCAUCCGAGGGCGCUGGAUCAAGAUGCUCUUUCAAUCAAAUGGCACUUUCAUCUGGUAUAUGUCUUUCCCCCAGUUCCUCUCAUUCAAGCUGUUCUGAGGAAGAUUUCCAGAGAACGUUGCAGGGUGAUUGCAGUGAUCCCCUUCUGGCCAAGACGCCCUUGGUUUCCUCUUCUGAGGAGGUUGGCAUUGGAGGAUCCUUGGGAGAUUCCAGUCUCGGAGAAUCUGCUGACACAAGGCCCGGUGGUUCAUCCAGAACCUUACAAGCUCAGGCUUCAUGCUUGGCUUCUGAAAGGCAAUCCCUGAAGAAACAGGGCUUAUCGGAACAGGUGGUGGCUACCCUUUUAUGUUCCAGGAAGAUCUCCACUUCAUCUACUUACCACAGAAUAUGGGAAGCCUUUGCGGUCUGGUUAAAUUCUUCUAUACAGAACAUGGGUACUCCUACAGUCUCUCAAGUUUUAGGUUUUCUACAAGCGGGCCUGGAGAAGGGUCUUAGUCUUAACACCCUGAAAGUUCACUGUUCAGCUAUCUCGGCUCUCUCUGGCACUCGAUGGGCACUUCAUCCUAUGGUGGUUCGUUUUUUCAAGGCCGUUGUACGGAUUAGACCUCCUAUCAGACAACUGGCGUCUCCUUGGAAUUUGCCUCUGGUACUGCAGGCCCUAACGGAGUCUCCCUUCGAACCUAUUGGGAGCAUACAUUUGCAGAUCCUUUCUCAGAAGACUCUAUUAUUACUGGCUCUAGUCUCUGCCAGAAGAAUGUCUGACAUCAGAGCUUUAUCAGCCGAGGAACCUUACACUUCAUUCUUUGAUGAUAGGGUCGUUCUCCGACCGAGGCCUGAAUUUCUUCCCAAGGUUGUUACAUCUUUCCAUCUCAAUCAGGAAAUUAUCUUGCCUGCCUAUUUUCAGCAUCCUUCUACCCCUGAGGAAUCAAGGUGUCAUAUGCUGGAUCUUCGUAGAUGUUUACUGAUGUAUAUAGAACGCUCUGCUGCUUGGAGGAAAUCCUCUCAAUUAUUCAUUAUACCUUGGGGUUCUCGCAAAGGUGAAGCCGCCUCAGUCUCCACUCUUCGUUCCUGGACGGUUUCGGCUAUCUCCAGGGCUUAUGGAGCGUGUGGUGUUCCUGUUCCGAAAAACAUCAGGGCUCAUUCCACAAGAUCUAUCGCUACUUCAUGGGCUGCAGAGUCAGGAGUUCCUGCAGAGAGCAUCUGUAAGGCUGCCAAUUGGUCUUCUCUAAAGACCUUUGUAAAUCACUACAAAGUGGAUAUUGCUUCCCGCUCGGAUUCGGAGUUUGGCCUGUCGGUCCUGAACUCCUUUAAUCCUCAUAGAUGAUCUCUAUAUUAAACUAUUUUUGUAGCAUGCAUUUCCCUCCCUGUGUUGUUAUUGCUUGGGGAAUCCCAUAUGUUAAAUGCUGCCAUGAUUAGCCAGGAAUAGGGAAAAUUUAUUCAUACUUACCGUAAUUUUCUUUUCCUGGCUAUUAUUCAUGGCAGCAUUUGGUUUCCCACCCUCUAUUGGAUAUGCUUCUUGUUACUUGACUGAGGUGUGAUGGCUGAUGGGGUUCCUAUUAUACAAGGGGAAGGUAUGCUUAAUUGUUUAAUUGAUUGUGUUUCCUGUCCUGAGGGUUAGAGGGAGGAGCUAAACCCAUAUGUUAAAUGCUGCCAUGAAUAAUAGCCAGGAAAAGAAAAUUACGGUAAGUAUGAAUAAAUUUUCCCUAAUUUUUUAAUCCGGCAAUAUAUUUUUCCUCUUUUUUAUUUCCCUGUGUUUUUUUUUUUUUUAUUUCCGUCUGGCAGUGACAUUUAGUCUCUGUAUUAAUUUGCCUUUCAGUGCGCAUGUCAGUUCUUGGGCAUGCUUAGUACAUCUGUUACCUUUAAUAGUCAGGGUGGAGUGAGCAUGCACAGAUUCAAUACAUUUGUUGUCCGGAGAUGUAGAGGACAGGUGAGUUUUAUGCGAAAAUUUCACUUGCAAAGGAAGGGAUGCUUGACUUGAGCAUCACCCAUUGUUCUUUUUGUCAAGUUGGAGCAAAUACACAAGGAAAGUAGUUCCUACCUUUCCUUAUGUAUUUGUAGAAAACCCAAACAUGGUCUAAAAAAAGAGAGCCAUGGGGAAUCAAAGGAUGAACGUUAUGGUUCAGGUGACAGAGCCACUUUAAGUAAGACCUGGAGAGCACAUACAAAUAUAUAGGCACCCAUUUAAUAAAAAUGUGUGUGCAGUACAAUCCUAGGUGUAACAAAACACUGUCAGGUUAUUCCAUGUAUGUGGAUUGCGAUAGGAGUAAGCUGCUUUACCAACUUAAUUUUUUGAGUUGGGGAAUGAAAAGUAAGGAGCAGGAAGUGGAACGGACAAUAUGAGCGAUGGAGGCAGGUAGUGUGAUAGUUUUCCAGAGAAAAAUUUGAGCCAUAAGAGGAAGGUUAAGAGUGUCUGGAUUCCAGAGUUAACUAGAUUAGUUGCUUCAGCAUAUAACAGUGAUGGGUGCUAUGGUUACAUUGGUGGACACAGAAACAUAACACAUUAUACAGAGUAAUAAGGUUAGCAAGAUGUCUUUGAGUUGCAGAUGCUUGUACUCCAUUCCCAUAGUCUGUGAGUGACAUUAGCAUUUGCUCUACAAACCAUUUUCUUAUGGACAUAGCUAAGCAUGCUUUGUUCUUGUACAGAGGAGAGAGUUUGGGAUACAUUUUGUUGGGUGGUUUUUCAGUAUAAAAUAAAGAUUGGGAUCUCGCCACAUACCGCAUCUUUAUUAGAACCGGCUGGUGUAGUUAGACUUUGUCAUACUGCCCAAUCAGGAAUCCUGUUGUUUUAGGAGUAGGAUGGGUUUUUUUUUUUUUUUUCCUGAAUGCCUUGUCACAACUGUUUUACCAUUAUUUAAUUAAAGUUUAUUUUUGGAAUCCCUCUUUUAAGCUCUGAGAAAUUAUCCUGUAACUCAGCCUUGAGUUGUGAUAUAUUUGAUUUACUGGCAUAGAUUGUGUUGACCACAAACAUAUGGACAAUUGAUGUUUUGCACACAGUCAGUCAUCAAUAGAAGAUAGUAAAAAAAAAUUGAUCAAAGGUACUGCUCCAGCUACUCCAGUUGCAUGGGGCCAGUGACAGUUAUCUGGUUAGAAUUAACAUCACAAAAGAAGGCAGAAAGUUGAACUGUUGGUAAACUCUGCAACAUUGUUUAUGGAUGCAUUUGUUCUAGGACAUUUGACAGUAUUUGGAAUAAAGAUGAUGAAUUUGCCUUGUACAGUUAACAGUUGUAUACAUUACUAGUUAACAUUUCUAUAUUUUCUUUACUUUAUACCCUUCUUUACUCAUUCAUAUAUGUAGCUGAACUACCUACAUUCUCCGAGUACAAGACAUUAAAGUUGCUCAUCAGCUGAUACUAUUUUAUUUACAAUUUCAGGUGAGCUUUGCGUUGAAGCAUUGUGUAAGAUGGAACAAGUCAACAAUCCUUUUCAGGUGUAUGAGAAACUUGCCGGGGUGUAUUUACUGUUGGUACAUCCAAAUGAAAAUGUAAGUUAUUCUGAUUUGAAAUGCUACUUUAUGAUAUGCCAGUGAUCAUCACUUGCAGAAACUGACAUUACUCAAUGGGAUGAAAUCAUCAUCGAGAUUUGCAGUUGCUGACAUUUUUGAAGAGGUGCUGAAGGGAGGGAAACACUUGGUUUCUCUCUUCCCAGUUCUUCACCCUAUAUAUUAGCAAAGGAUCCCAAGACCUUGUGCAAAUCAGCAUUUAGAUCCAUUUACUUUUAUUUCAUUUUUUAUUUUAUUAAAGCUUCAUUGUUUAAAUUGAAUGUACUGCUGUCUGCAAGCAUUGCUUUUUUUUUUUUUUUUUACGUUGAGAUCAUCCAUUUACAACAAAAAUACCACUCGUUUGUUUAUCCAUCAGAUUCGACGUUGGGCCAUCUUGACUGCCAGGGCCCAAGGAAAGGUAGAACGUGAUGAUUACUAUGAUUUGCAGGAAGUCUUCACCUGUCUCUUUAAGGUUAUUGAGCUGGGUCUCUUUGAAAACCCUGAUAUCUACAGCACAGAGCUAGAGCAAGGAAAGCUAAUACUUUUGCCUCCGCACUUGUAUGAUGUAAACAACUACAAAAACUACUGGCUGGGUGAGACUUUGUUGAAGAGGUGUUUUUUGUUUUGUUUUGUGCUCAACGGUCUUGGUAACAUAACAAACUAGUGGCAUGAUUUAAGCAAUUAAUUUCUCAUGAACAAUCCUAUUAUUGUUACUUAAGCCUUUUUGUGUUCUUUUGUUCUGACAAUUCUAUGCUGUAUCAUAUAAUGAAUUCAGACAUUUAUUUUGUAGGAAUUUGCAUGCUUUUGACAGUCCUCGAGGAACAAGCCAUGGAUUCAUUAUUGCUGGGCCCAGACAAACAAAACUUUUUGCAGUCCAUUCUUCACGUUAUGGAAAAGUACACUGAAGGUAACCGCAUGAUAAUGUUAAAUGCCUUGUAAAGACCCCCAAAAAGCCAAUAUUUCGCAAAUGCCCUUGAAAAAUGCAUUUUUUGCAUUAUUGAGCUACACUAUAAACUGUACCCAACUUGGUACCUGUACACAAGAUUUAUAUAUUUUAAAUGCCAAUAAUGGGUAACCUUUGGUUUUGAGGCUACUUCUGAACUAUAAUCUCCUUGAUCUCCUCACCAGCCUGAUUUGAGAACCACUGGUUUAAAACUGUUGGCUUGUAUGAUUGAUAUAUAUAUAUAUAUAUAUAUAUAUAUAUAUAUAUAAUUUUUAUUUUUUUUUCAUUUUCUAAUUAGAGUAAUGCUCUCUAAUUAGUGAUGUCCCGAACUGUUCGCCGCGGACUCAUCAUUGAGUAAACUUUGACCCUGUACCUCACAGUCAGCAGGCACAUUCCAGCCAAUCAGCAGCAGACCCUCCCACCUCCUGGACAGCAUCCAUUGUGAAGCUGCAUUCUUAGUGAGCUGUCCAGGAGGUGGGAGGGUCUGGGAGGGAGGGUCUGCUGCUGAUUUGCUGGAAUGUGUCUGCUGACUGUGAGGUACACAGGGUCAAAGUUUACUCAAUGAUGAGUCCGCGGUGAACAGUUCGGGACAUCACUAUCUCUAAUAUCUUCUGAAAGCUGUUUUGAGUCCGAUUUGUCUGCUAAACAUGGGCCCAAUUCAAUAUUAAAACUAAACUCAAGGGUGUAGGGUGUAAUGCAUUAAAAAUGAGAAAAAUCUGUCAAAACAAAUUAAAAUAAGAUACAUUUGACAUUCUGCAUUGUCUGCAUACUCCUCUGCUUUGCCUGCUUUUGCAUUGGGCUCUGCCCAGACCAGAAGGGACUCUGACAUUCAAGAUACUUAAACCAUUUUCAGUUUGAGCAACCCUAAUGGCGUGUAACUUUAUUCAUGGCUAUUUUGGAACAGAUGUCCAGCGGUGAAUGAAUGUCUAGCUUUCUCAGCCUCAGCCUAAAGUCUUUGCGUUCAUGUGCAAUAUAUUUAUAGAAUGAAUAGUAUGCAUAUUGGUUUUCUAUUGAUUGCUUGUCCAUUUCAGAUGAAAAGCUUAAUCCCUUCUGGCCAGCACUGCAUUGUUUUAUGAUGAUUCUUGAUCGUUUGGGAUCCAAAGUGUGGGGGCAACUGAUUGAUCCUAUCCAAGCAUUUCAAACAAUCAUCUCAAGUCCCAGUUAUAACAACGAGAUUGAAAACGUUCGGGCAAGCUACAAUAGGUCUGCAUUUUGAUUACUACAUCUAUUGGCAGUCCCCCUGUUUUGCACAUUGCAAUUAUUUGCAGUUUGGUACUUUCCUUUGUUUUAGACACGUAAGGUUAUAUUCACUUGGCCAAGGUGCAGCAAUACAGACUGUAUAGCAGACUCUACCGAUCCACUGAGAGAGUAAAUUGGAGGAGAUGAACUUUAAUGCGGCUUAAUAAUCUAAAAUAAAAUAUUUGAAGGUUUUUUUUUUUCUCUCAUUGUUUUCCAAAAUUGUUUACAAAGAUCAUCUGCUUAAUAUUACUUUUUAAAUGUAUCAGUUAAACCACGUAGCAACUAUAUUUUCAGUGCCUUUCCUCGUUGGUUAUCGGCUUCCCCCACGUGUCCUGACACUCCCCAUUCAAAUGUUCGUACAUUCCAUGUUUCUAGUAUCCUUCAAUCCUUAUUUCAGCAUUAUCUUUCUUAUUAACUGUUCAGAUCCUUAUGUUUAAAGGGACACUCCACUGCCCAAAUUAAAAUAAAUAGAUCACUCUUUAGUAGAUAUAUCCCCAUUGAAAUCAUACAUGGAUUUAAUUGUACAUUGAUUUUAAAUUAAAAAAACAACUUGCAAAGCUGCAUGAAACUGCUAAAGGAAGCUUGCAAAAUCUGCAAGUCUGGUGCCUUUGCAAGCCCUCCUCUUCUAAUCCAGCCCCAGUCCAAUCACAGACUUCCCAAUGCAGCUUAAUGAGAAGUCUUUGCAAGACAGGUGCUCUGGGCAAUUUCCUGCCUCUUCAAGGGACACUAUAGUCACCUGAACAACUUCAGCUUAAUGAGGUUGUUCAGGUGAGAACUAUAACUCCCUGCAGCCUAUCUCAUGUAAACACUGUAUUUUCUGGGAAAAUACAGUGUUUACAUUGAAAGCUUGGAACACCUCCAGUUGCAGUCACUCAGAGUGAACCAGAGGGACUUCAGAGUUGAUGGAGGCAUAAUAUGCCUCCAUCCACUCAGAUCUGCUGUCAGCAGAGCACAGGGCAGCACUGUGCACAGCAUCCUGUGAUUCAGUAUCUCCUCCCUCUGCAUGCAGACACUGAACUUUCCUCAUCGAGAUUAAUUGAUUCAAUUCCUCUCUAUGAGGAGAUGCUGAUUGGCCAGGGCUGUGUUUGAAUCAUACUGGCUCUGCCCCUGAUCUGUCUCUUUGUCAGCCAGGGCUGGACUGGGAAAAAAUUUGUCUCGGGCAUUUUUUUAGCACAGCGGCCCACUAAGAAGGGGGCAGGGCAGAGAGGGUUUGUUUUGUCAUCACUAAUGACAAACAUGCCCCCUCUCAAAGUGAGCAUGUUCAAUGCUCUUUCAGGGCAGACCAUGCGCAGAGCUCUGCCCAAGAUCUCUAGCACGAGAAAAAAGCCCUGUAUUUGUUCUGCACAGCGCAAGCAAAUUUAAUAACAUGCUUGCACUGUGUUUCCUUGCAACUUGUCUCUGGUGUCUCUAUAAAUGGAUACCAGGAGAUAAAAAUGCCAGGAAAGAGUAUUGUGCAUGUGCUUGGAGCCUGCUUGUGGGAUUGCUUGUGUGUAGAGUGAGCUGAUUGUGGUGUGGUAUUGUGUAAUAAGGUCGGUUUUAGUAGUGUUGUGUUUGUGGUGUAAUGUAAUGCAUAUGUGGCUAGGGGCUGUAGAGAAUGUGUGCAUACAGGCUAUAGUGUGUGUGUGUGUGUGUAUAUAUGUGUGUUUGGAAGUAUUGUGUAUGUGUGUGGUGCAGUAUAUGUGAGGGGUUCUGUGUGUAUGUGAUGGAUGCUGUGUGUGAGGGUGAUGUAUGUGAUUGAUUUGUGUGAUGUGUGUGAUGGUGCUGUGGGUGAUUUGUGUGUGUGGGCGCUGUGGAUGCGGGCUAGAGUUCACUCUCGCGAGAUCAGGGGUGUUGCCAUGGCAACGCUCCUGAUCUCGCAAGAGGAACCCGGCGGAGCUGCAAGAUAGAGCUCCGCCGGGUCCUCCUCUCCCUCCCCAGCCGCAUGUCUCUUCAAGUGGGCCGAUGAGGGAGAUCUUUGAUCUCCUCACCGGCUCUUCAUGGAAAGCAGCGGGGCUGGCGCUCGGAUAGUACCGGCCCUGCAUAGACCGGCAGGAGAUGUCCUGUAACCUCCCCUGCCGGCCUCGGCCCAUGGCCACCGCGGCCCACCGGGCAUUUGCCCGGUGUGCCCGAUGGCCAGUCCGGGCCUGGUCUCAGCCGAUCCUAUAGGGAAACACUGUGAUUGGAUCAGGCUACCUCAUGUCAGCAGACUGCUUGUUUUCUGAGUCUAACAGCAUGCAUAUUUACAGCUUCAGACUUGAAUACAGUAAGAGUUUUACUAUAUUUAUGGAGGCCCAGGGGGGCUAGAUGGUGGUGUUAACACUAUAGGGUCAGGAAUACAUUUUUGUGUUCCUGACCCUAUAGUGAUCCUUUCAGUUUAGCUCCAGUGAGCUAAACAAAAAAGGAAGUAACAGAAACAGUUGUCUGAAAGCCAGGGAGCGUAACUAGGUUAAGUUAUAAAAGUGUAUUUUUUUUAAUUAAAAUAUGCAUUUUUGCUAAAAUGAAAAAAAUGACAUGCUCUUCAAACAUAAAGCACUUCAGCAAGCUAAAGUGCUUUUUGGAUGCGAACUGUCCCUUUAAGAAGUUAUGUCUGGAACACCUAAUCUAGUAUGUAAGACGAACUACAAUUUUGAUCUUUGAAAGUUACAGCCGCAUCAUUUUAUUACCUAUAAGUAGUCCAAGUUUUAAUUGUUUGCACUUUGUUUUCAGUUAACAUAAGGCUUUACGUUUCAUUUUUUGCUCUUUAGAGUCUUUGUUUCUUACGUUUUAUUUUUUAUUUUUUGGUCUUUCUCUUUUCAUUCUAUAAGGCCAAGUAAGAGUGAGCCAGACGCUAGUGAUGAUGAAGACCUUGUAACAUGUAGCCAGAUGGUGUACAGUUUUAACACCGAAAAGAAAAAAAAGGUGUGUAACUGAAAUUUUAUUCUGUUUUUGAAUCUACUUUGUAGGUCUUGACUUUUGAAGUAGUGCUGGUAAAUUGUUUGACCUGAAUUCCCUCCCCCCCACCCCCCCUGUCUAAAUCAGGAAGAAUAGAUACAUUUAUAAUAUCAACAGUAAAGGGAAAACUGCUUCCACAUAGGCCUUGAGUAGUACCAAAUAUGUCCCUGCAGGUAUAGUGAAUUGAGAAAACGAGGACAUUUUGUAUGAGGUUUGUGUAUUUCUAUGGAAAUCAGAUGUAAAAUUAAGGGAGGUCAGAACACAUACGAGAGGAGUCCCAACUCCAUCCAUCUUUCGAAAAACCAUCCUCUACCAAGGAAAACAUGCAUCGUGAGAUAUUGCAUACAUUUUGUGAGGUGGCAAAUAAAUUAAAGACCACACUAACAGCUUAGGAAUUAAAGGACCACUAUAGGCACCCAGACCACUUCAGCUUAAUGAAGUGGUCUGGGUACCUGGUCCAGCUAGGUUUAACCCUUUUUUCUAUAAACAUAGCAGUUUCAGAGAAACUGCUAUGUUUAUGUUAGGGUUAAUCCAGCCUCUAGUGGCUGUCUCCUGACAGCCGCUAGAGGCGCUUGUGUGCUUCUCACUGUGGAGCAAUGCUUUCCUAUGAGACUGGCUGAAUGCGCGCGCAGCUCUUGCCGCGCAUGCGCAUUCAGCCGAAUAGGAGGAGGAGGAGAGCUCCCCGCGCGGCGCUGGAGAAAGAGGUAAGUUUAACCCCUUCCUCUCCAUCCAGCCCUGAGGGUAGGGGCACCAUCAUGGCACUAUAGUGCCAGGAAAACAAGUGUGUUUUUCCUGGCACUAUAGUGGUCCUUUAAUUCUUUGGGUUAUGUUUAUCUUUUCUUUAUACGCUCUAGGAAUUCCAAAAUGUUUCUUCUCAGUGAUAAAGUCUAGGUUGACGUUUUAGUUCUUUAAAGGAACUUUCAUCAGGACAGCAUAAAGUCAUUCAAACAUGUGAAAGGCUUUAAAUCGGACAGGUGUGUGUGUGUGUGUGUGUGUGUGUGUGUGUAUGUGUAUAUAUAUAUGUGUAUAUAUAUAUGUGUAUAUAUAUAUAUAUAUAUAUAUAUAUAUAUUUUUAUUUUUUAGAUAGACAAGUGUCUCUUAAAUUGACCGCUCCAUUUCUCUUUUUUUGUUAUCCUUUUUUAGGACACCGGAUGGAAAAAGGCAAUUUGUCCUGACUACUGUCCUAAUAUGUAUGAAGAAAUGCAAUGUCUUGCCAACGUACUACAGUCUGAUAUUGGUCAAGACAUGCGAAUCCACGAUAGCACUUUCUUGUGGUUUGUUCCAUAUGUACAGUCUGUCAUGGACCUGAAGGAUCUGGGGGUCGCUUACAUCAUUGAAGUGAUCCACCACUUGUAUUCAGAAAUAAAAGACGUAUUCAAUCCGAGAAAUCCACAGUCUGAUAAGGUUACCGAACUUUUCAUUCUGGUUUUGGUGUCGAUCAUUGAACUCCACAGAAAUAAAAAGUGCCUCCAUUUACUUUGGGUAAGCUCACAUAAGUGGGUGGAAGCCCUUGUGAAAUGUGCCAUGCUUCCUACCAAAGAUCAGCAGCUCAGGAAUAACUCAAGAAUAUCCUCAAAUUCAUUCUUGCCAUUGUCUCCCACCUCUCACUCAGGAUCUUCUGUCCAGUAUUCUUGUAUGCUGUUGAUUCGAAGCCUAUUGCGAGAAGGUUACCAGCUUGGCCAGCAAGCAGCUUGUAAACCAUAUCUGGACAAACUGAAUCUCCUCAUUCGGGCCAACGUAUGCCGAACUCUGGAGCUUAGCAAACCUGAAGCUCAAGGUUUACAAAUGUGCUUGACGCAGAUUAUUAAAAGCGUAAAGGACAAAGUAUCAUCAAGUCCUAACUCUCAUUUAGAGCAGGUUUUAACGAACAAAACACAGUCUGUACCCUUCAUAAAGAUUGAAAGGAUGGAAGAGGAUGACGACAUAUGGUACGGCUCAAGCUGCACUUCUUCACUUCAGCCUGUUGUAAAUUCAUCCUUGUGUGUGAAAAAUGAACAUCAGGAAUCAAGAACAUCAGAGGAAAAGUUGGAUCCUUCUACACCAGGCUGUAGUUCUGUUACCACAAUUAAUGUCAAAAAGGAAAUUCCUGAAAGCAUAAAAUAUGUAUCUUCUGCCAAGAAUGGGUGUUCUUCCACUGUGCUGCCAAAUAUAAAAUCCAAAAAAGACCUAAGUGGUUGGCAAUCCAAAUUAUCUAAGGUAAUGGAAAAGACUUUACUUCCGAAAAGUAAAAGAGUGAUUUCCGCCGAUGAACAAAACACUAAUGGUAGAACAUAUAAGAGCCAAUCGAAAACACUGCUGCCUCUUAAAGUACAAGUUAAAACAGAGCAAUGUGACCAGUGGCUCAUAAAACCCAAGGAUGUUAAAAGUGAGAACUUUACUCCAUCAAAUCUAAAAAUAAAUUUGACCGAAGAUGAUGCCGAUGGCUCUACUGUAGCAAGACCACUGGAAAGGCUGUCAUUGGAGCCCAAGAGCCCAGAAAUGAUGUCUGUUUCAGUAAAGGAAUUUACUUUAGAUCAGGAAAAUAAAUCAUUGGCUUCUGAUAAACCACAAAUGAACUGUAGACCAAGCUCAACAAGUACUGAUGAUCCUGGGGAAGCAGAGGAUGACGAUGAUAUUCCUUUGACUGAGAUUAAGAAAAAAUUGUUAAAAAGCCACACAAAAACUUUGAAAAGAACAAAUUCACAAGUGGAUCGUGAUCUUGACGAUUUGUCUUUAGCAGCCCAUGCUAAGGUUCUGAGUUUUCCUGGUGACUCAAGCCAGGACACAUCUUCACAAGAGCCCUCCCAAAUUGAAAGGAGGGUUAAGGGAGCAAUGAGAUCUUCAGUCAUUGAUGAUUCUUCAUCUGAUACAGACACAUCUUCAAAUCAGGUCAUAACGAUCUCAGACAACUCUUCUGAGGACGAAAUAAAGCCAUUCAUUAUGAGUAUGAAAAAAGAAAAAAAUGAAGACUGGUCUGCCAGUUCUACACCUGGAGUUUCCAAACUGGGAAGUGAAGUCCAAGUAAAAUCCGAACCUUCUUCUUCAACUUGUGAUGAAUACAAUUCACAGCUCUUUGAGUUUGAAACACAAGAUGACAUAUUUUCUGUUUGGGGAGACUCUCAGGUUGACCAAAAAUCUUCAUCUCCUGAGCAAGCAAUAAAAAGUUCAAACCAAAGUCCCGAGACCAACAAGCCAACAAAUAGUAAUGGCUUUGAUCUGAGUGGUGAUUUCAACCAGUGGGGUUAUGACACCGACUAUAUUUGUGAUGAAGUAAUUGAGAAAGCAGUAGAGGAUGCAGAGAAACAGUUUAAGUUGUCUAUGACCUCUACAUACCAAAAAGAGCCUGAAGAUGAAAAGUGUUGUGAAAAGAACUCAAGUGAAAGGUUCAGCUCUAAACAGUUCUAUGGCAAACAUUCACAUAAAUCAAAUAAGUGGAAGUCCCUCGCUGUUCCAAAGAAGGAGUCAUUGUCUCCAGAAGCAUCUCUGAGCAGAAAACCAGAAACUACUAUUUCUCAGAAAAUAAGCAAAUCAAAAGUACACCGAAACAAAAGUCCUGUCAAGGCACGUUUAGAAAGUAAAAAACACAGCAGUCCCCGUAAACCAACACUUGCUGUGGUUCCUCCCAAAAAAAUUAGAGUUUGUCCUGAGCCAGCCUCGACCGCAGAAAGACUUGGUUUGAAAAAAGCACCGCGCAAAGCUUUUGACUUGUCACAGCGGUCUCUUGAUAGCUUGGCAGAACUACGGGACUAUGGCAAAUCAGCAGGAAUGUUUAAGUCAGACAAACAAAAAACAAAGCUCAUAUCUCCCAAGUCUUUAUUAGUAAAAGGGAACAAGAAAUUGUUGGCUUGUCAAGAUCUUCAGUUUUACCGGCAGUCAAGACCCAAGGAGAUUAAAACAGGAUCGAAGGAGACUAAGAAAGGAAAACAGGCAAGUGUAUCAGAGAAACACAAUAGAAAAGUUAAUGAGGCAAAACAAACAAUGACAAGGGACAAUAAUGAGACUGAAAGUUUUUCUGUCCAAAGUAAAUACAAGCACAGGAAUAGCACUGAGACAAAUCCCAGCAUGCCAGAGAAAGAAGAACCAAAGGUCGGAGAAUUUACUUCAUCUAAAAAUAGUGAUUCUGCUGAUUUGAAGCAGAACGUUACCGAUGAUACAUUGACAGAAAUAGUUAAGAAGGCUUCUUCACCAAAUGACCAUGCUAUUUCUUCUCUGUCUUCAACUGUGAAUGAUUUCACUAAUAACAAAGGGGAGGAGGAGGAUGAUGAUGGUCUUCAGUUAACCCAAGCUGACCCUGUUGACAUGGAGGUAUGUUCUCAAGAAGAAUAUGACAUCGAAAUUGGGAUUUUUGAAGACAAUGAAAAAUGUAACAUUGUCGAGUCUUCAGCAUCCGUUCCCGAGACUACUGAGAAACAGACAUGCAAACACACAGAUUGUUCAGAGGCUCUCUUUUCUGGAGAUUACUGUGCAAAACAUACUAUACCUGGAAAAGCAGACGAUCAUGUGUUUGCUAAACCAGGUUUGCCACCCUCUUUUCAAAAAUAUUCCAAGCCUUCUACUACAAAGAUUUUCAAUGCUAAUAACACUUCCAGGUCUGCUGCUCUCUCAAAGGAUCUUGAAAACAUCCCAAAGAUUCCUUGUGUUUCGAAGUCUAAAGCUCCAUCAUCAAAGCCCCCUGUGCCAAGACCAAUCCUGCCAUCUAAUGCCCAAAAGAGGACUUCGGUAACACAAAAUACAAAUAGUGUGUUGCAGCCACUGAUAAAUCAGAAUAACAUAUAUCCCCAAACGUCUUUAGCAGUUACUUCAGAAACCGGGAAGCUUCCUCAGUAUCAAACGAACUAUCGCCCAGUACAGCAUGUCCCAGCGUGGCUUAUGAAAGAGGUUCUGCGUUGGAAGUAUGAAAUGUUUGACAAUGUAUCUCAAUUUGGACCUCCCAAGAACCUGUGCCCAUUACCCCUCCUAAAGGUUCCUCUUCUGUUUUCUGGCUAUGAAGAGUACUUCAAUGUUUUCUUUCCGCUGAUGUUGCUGAACACCUUUGAAUCCGUAAGUGUUAAUUUGUUUCAUGUGAGUUAGCGAUUAUUUUUGGUAAUUUUCUGUCCUAAUUUCUUUUGGUAUACAAAACUGUAGAAAAAGCAAUAGGCUGCUUACAGUGACAAGUUGGUAUUUAGUGUAACCCUGUAUUUAAGGGAUAUUAUAGUAACCAGCACAACUACAUCUUAAUGUAAUUGUUCUGGUGUGUAUAGCCUUUAGCCAAAAGGCAGUGUUUACAUUACUGGAUGGUAACUCCUUUAGUGGCAGUCACUCGGACGGCCACUAGAGGUGCAUCCUGGAUCAGUGCUGCAUAAUGUGCAGCACUGAUGUUUAGCGUCUCCACGCUCUAUAUGGAGACGCUGAACUUUCCCCAUGAAGACCUAUUGAUUCAGUGCAUCUCUAUGAGGAGAUGCUGAUUGGUGCAACAUGGUGUUUUGCCGCGCAUGCGCAAUAGGGUGAGAUCAUCAAAUUUGAUCUCACCCUAAAGGGGUGGAGCCAGCCACAAGGAGAUCUGAGCAGCGCUGAAAAAAGGUGUGUAAACUCACCUUUAACACUUUUCUUAGGGGUCCAGUCACCUAAACUGUUAUUUUAGAACUAUAGUGUCAAGAACACAAGUUUGUAUUUCUAGUUUUAACCCUGCAAUGUAAAACAAUACAGGUUUGUAGAUUAUGCAGUGUUUACAUUGCAGUGUAAAACGCACCUCUGGUGGUUGACUUUCUUCUGUCAUGUGACUAAAUGCAGCUUACAGGAAAGCAUUUGCCGCACAUGUGCAUCACUCCCUAAUGCUCCUCGAUAAGGAGUUUUGGAUUGGUGCUGAAGAAAAGCUAAGGAACAAGCACCCCCACCCACCACCCAUAUCUUUUUACUGAAAGCUCCCCCACCCACCACCCAUAGCUUUUUACUGAAAGGGGAUACUCUAAUGUUAGGAAUACAUGUUUGUAUUCCAAAUUCUGUAGUCUUCCUUUGAAUAUAGAUUGCAGACUUUAGUCUUAAUGAUUUAUAUCUUUUGUUUAUUGGAUGAUAAACAUCCAGCGUGCUCUAUCAUUGGAUAGAGCAGAAUGCUGAAUGUGUUAUCUGCUCAUUUGUUGUGUUGUUUACCGUGCCCUAAUUUGACUAGACACUUAUAUUUGAUAAAGUUUUCCACUGUGUUUGCUGGAGAGGGGACCAUCUCUUGAAGUUAUAUAUGCAUGCAGUAACUGAAUUCUGUUUUUAAUACUUUUAUAUACAUUUAUCAGCCACAACAUUAAAACCACCUGCCUGAUAUCAUGUUGGACCCCCUCAUGCUGCCAAAACAACUCUGAUGUGUCAAGGCAUGGACUCCACAAAACCUCUGAAUGUGUACCGUGGCACCAAUUAUUAGCAGCAAAUCCUUUAAGUCCUGCGAGGUGGGGCCUUCAUGGAUUGGAUUUGUUGUUCCACAGGUGCUCAACUGGAUUGAGAUCUGGGGAAUUUGGAGGUCAAGGCAAAACCUUGAACUCUUUGUCAUGUUCUUUAAAACAUUCCUGAACAAUUUGUGCAGUGGUGCAUUAUCCUGCUGAAAGAGGCCACUGCCAUCAGGGAGUACUGUUGCCACCAAGCGGUGUACUUGAUCUGCAACAAUCUUUAGGUAGGUGGUACGUGUCAAAGUAACAUCCACAUGAAUGCCAGGACACAAGGUUUUCCAGCGGAAAAUUGCCUAGAGCAUAGUACUGCUGCUGCCGGCCUGCUUUCUUCCCAUAGUGCAUCCUGCUGCCAUCUCUAACCUGGGUAAACGUUGCAUGUAUCCGGUCAUCCACCUGAUCUAAUAGAAAAUGUGACGUGAUAUCAUGUCUCCAUUGAGGGCGCUUUUGGCGGUGGACAGGGGUCAUCAUGGGCACUGUGACUGGUCUGCAACUACAAUGCACUUUGGGUUCUGACACCUUUCUAUCCUGGCCAGCAUGAAGUUUUUAAGCAAUUUGACCUACAGUAGCUCUUCUGUAUGAUCGGACCAGACGUGCAAACCUUCUCUUUCCAUGUGCAUCAGUGAGCCUUGAGUGCCCCUGUCCCUGGCGCUGGUUCAUUGGUUGUUUCCGUGCACCAGUUUUGCUAGUAGGUACUAACCACAGCAUACCAGGAACACCCCACAAGACUUUUGGAGUUGCUCUGACCCAGUUGUCUAGCCAUAACUAUUUUGCCCUUGUCAAAAUCACUCUGAUCUUUUUGCUUGCCCAUUUCUCCUGCUUCCAACACAGGAAAUUCAAGAACUUACUGUUAACUGCUGCCUAAUACAUUUCACCCCUUGACAGGUGCCAUUGUAACAAUAUUAUCAAUGUUAUUCACUUCUCCUGUCAGUGAUUUUAAAGUUGUGGCUGAUCAGUGUAUAUAGAACCAUAGAAUGUGACGGCAGAUAAGAACCAUUUGGCCCAUCUAGUCUGCCCAAUUUUCUAAAUACUUUCAUUAGACCCUGGCCUUAUCUUAUAGUUAGGAUAGCCUUAUGCCUAUCCCACGCAUGCUUAAACUCCUUUACUGUGUUAACCUCUACCACUUCAGCUGGAAGGCUAUUCCAUGCAUCCACUACCCUCUCAGUAAAGUAAUACUUCCUGAUAUUGUUUUUAAACCUUUGUCCCUCUAAUUUAAGACUGUCCUCUUGUUGUGGUAGUUUUCCUUAUUUUAAAUAUAGUCUCCUCCUUUACUGUCUCUUUAUGUAUUUACAUGUUUCUAUCAUAUCCCCCCUGUCUCGUCUUUCCUCCAAGCUUUACAUGUUAAGUUCCUUUAAACUUUCCUUUUAAGUUUUAUCCUGUAAUCCAUGAACCAGUUUAGUAGCCCUUCUCUGAACCCUCUCUAAGGUAUCAAUAUCCUACUGAAGAUACGGUCUCCAGUACUGUGUACAAUACUCCAAGUGAGGUCUCACCAGUGUUCUGUACAAUGGCAUGAGCACUUCCUCUUUCUAGUGCUAAUACCUCUCCCUAUGCAACCAAGCAUUCUGCUAGCAUUUCCUGCUGCUCUAUUACAUUGUCUGCCUACCUUUAAGUUAUCAGAAAUAAUUACCCCUAAAUCCCUUUCCUUAGAUGUUGAGGUUAGGACUCUAUCAUUAGUAUUGGUAUAUCAUUAGUUACCUUUUAUUUUGAGAGGGGUGUACUUGUUUGCCAGAAUGGCACUAUAUACUAGACAACAUUUUGUGUUUAGCGAUUUUGCUCCAUCAAAUACUGGUAAUCGUUGGGUCGAAUCACAUCAAACAAAUUCUCAGUCAAGACUGAUUCUCAAUUGGCUGUUACACAAGGCGAGAGGUGUUAGUAUAUGAUUUUAUUUCUUUCCUUGCUUAGGCACUGAGGCAGAGCCUAUGAUAAUUUGUUUUCCUGUCUGUUUUCUUGAACAGCUGGCACAGGAUUGGGUAACAAAACAGCGAGUGAUCAAUUCCCAUAUAUGCAAGCUGCAGUUACAGAAUUUCUGCCUUGAUAGUCAGGUGAAUCGUGGAGAUUUUCAAGGUAAUUUCAGGUUGUUUUGUUUAUUGUUUUCUCCCCUCCCCCCACCCCCCAUGUUAUGUUAUUUUUCUUCUUCUUCUUAAACUUGUUCUACAUAUAUCACCUUUUCUAUAGUCUGCAUAUUUUGAGCAUAUGUUUUGACUUCUGUUUCCAAGAUGCCAAAGUAUGUCAAAAACCAAAACAAAACCUCUGUGAGUUAACUCUUUGUUUCAGCAAGCUGCCAGGCUGUACACUGUGAUGUCAUCACUGUGUGAAUGCCCAGCGGGCGAGUUACGAAUAGUGAUCUUGGGUAUUGGACUGGCUGAUUCUAACCCAGAAACACUCAAAAUAAUUAGCCUGCUAAGGGAAAAAUCUGGCAGAGGCAAUGUCUCCUAAAUUUACUUAAACGGCAUCACAGAACAAACAUGCAAGUAAUAUGAACAUUUGAACUAAAGAAAGAAAUGAAGGGGGGGGGAAUUUUCCCCUCCCCCCUUUUUUUAUUUUUUAUGAUUUGGUGUUCAAUGCAAGUCAUAAGACCUAUGUUGGGCUGUGGGGUUUUUUUUGUUUUGUUUUGCAACACCCAUAAUUAUUGUCGGAAAGGUGUAAGGAUGAUCAUUAAUGGGCCAUUGAUAGUCGUUAAGUCAGUAAUUAUCCAAAGACCUAUUGUGAUCAAUACAUGUGUUUUACACAAACCUUCAUGUCUAUUUAAGUUUACACGUUACUUAUGAUAUUGUAGACUUCAUUUGUUGAAUCAGGAGCAAUGGAGAGUUGCCAACUUUCCUGGUGUACUGAGUAAAACCCCUCUGUGUUUUUAAAGAGCCAACGAUUGUUGUAAUUCUUAAAGCGUUACGUAAAGGCUGUUUAGAAAACUUAAUAUGGCUAAUGGAAAUGAAACAAUAUAGUAGCUAUUGACAGACCUGUCUGCAUUGUAUAUCUAAUGGGACAGCUGUUACAUUGCAUCUUUUCAGUUUGGUUUCGGGAUGCAGACUUGAACAGUCAACGUCACCCAAAGGAAGAUGACUUGGUAUUUCUAAUUACACCGGACCCCAGCAGCAGCAUUGCAGGAGAUGAAUCCAGUGUGUCUUCUACACUCGUAUAUCAUACAGGCUAUGUAUCCCGCUUUACUCGUUCCCAGCGGACGCAGAUGUGUAAGUACACACACCUGUCAUCCCUAAAGCACUGUGAUGUUAGGAGAGUAUUUUACCAUAAUGCAGGAGUUAGCCAGUUUUCAGUACUCCAGAUGUUGUGGACUACGUCUCCCAUAAUGCUGUUACAGCCAUAAUGCAGGCAAAGCAUCAGGGGAGAUUUAGUCCACAACAUCUGGAGUGCCGAAGGUUGCCUGCCUCUGCCCUAAAGCCUUUCUUGGAUUUUUAAUUUAGCUAUGCUAGCUUGGAAACAUGGUCUAUAUUUAACUGUCAGAUCAUUCCUAGUAUUGUCAAAGGUAAAAUGGUAGUAAAUACCUCAUUACACAAUGUUUACUGUGAUGCGUGUAGAGAGCAGAGCUCCCUCAUUGCUAAUGUGCAUUUUACUUCAAGAGGCACCUGUCAAAAUACUGUAGGUGGUUUGGUUUACAGAUUUACUUUACAGCACUGUCUUUGAUCAGGUAACAUGCUGAUUAAACAGACUUCUCUCAUGUCCUCCUUUCUUUUCACCCUCCAGUGGACAAGGAGCAUUAUACGCUGUGCGACCUUUGUAUCCACACUUAUGGGAACCUGUCCGGAUGCCGCAAUGAGCAAGUACAGUGCGUGGUGAUAGGAAGUUUAGUCACCACACAAAGGCAAUGCAAAGCACUGGUUCAGCUACAGAGAAACCCAUUCUUUAGGCCAAUCAUCCAUCCCAAUCCCACAGAUUUCAUGCCAAGGGAUAAAAUAACCAGCCAGGUCUCCAUGGUAGGUUCACAUCCCUUUAUUUACAUCUGUCUGACAAUUUCGAAUUUUACAAUGUUACCAUGUAACACAAGCUAUAAAGCUUACUAGGAUGCAUCAGCAUGUCUUUCAUAUAAAAUAAGGGAUGCAUUCACAUCAUGUGACUUAAACUGUGUAGCUUACCACUGCACCAAAGUUUAUUGGUUUUGGUUCCUCUAACCUAAUUUUACAAAUGGUAUAGUAAACUUCUCCACUGCAUUGGGCUGAGGGCCUCUGUGCUUGGCAUCGUUACAGAAAUCCACAAUUUAUUUCUAUUGUUACACUUAAUGUGGCAUGCACUACAUCAGAGCCUUAAUACCCAAUAUCUGCGUUCCUCCUCCCCCAACAAAAAAAAGUCCAGGUUGUGAGAACUUAGUGAUUUGGUAUUUCGGGAUUCCCAGAUCCAGAGAGAGCUGUUAUUAGUAAGUAUGGGUUUCCUGUUUUUCCAUACAGUUAAAUAUAUCUUGGCUGGUGUUAAUUUCUUUGGUGAUAAGGAAGGGGAUGGAGCAAAAGAGGUAAAGCAUUUUUAUGAGGGCAUUUGUUUUGGUGCCAAAAGUCUGGUCCCAGGAAGAUCCAUGAUACGUAUACCACUGUAGAGGGAGUGGUAUAACACCUUGUGUAAUAUCUCAGUGGUAACAGAUAAGCUAAAUCACCAUAUUUUACACAGUUGCAGUUUGGACAGAGCUAAGGCUUUAUGACAGAUUCUUGAUAAAUCCACUAAUUCCUUUAGAUAAGAAGGGACAUUUGACAAAGGAUCAUGUGUCCUUUGCAUUGAAUGCUUUUUUUGAGCGAGUCCAUCACUGUCUCUAGUUCCUGUGAGUUAAGUUUGCCUUCAGCCCAAUGGUAAUUACUGUACUCUUAGUGUUAUAGACCACAUUUUCUAACCGAACACUUUGAUACAUCCAGAAUAUUUUGCAACACUGCAGAACGUGUUCGAGCUUAAUAAAUAAUAAUGUGAAAAAACCUGUCCAUCUUAAUUAGCCACCUCUUGCAACCGCAUACUUAACUAAAGUUCUUUUGACUCCUUAGUUCCCCAGCCUAAAAGAAUAUAACAGCGACCAGAGAUAUGCUAUAGAAAGGGCCUACGCAAUGGUGAAACGGCACCCACGACUACCGAGAAUAUGCAUGAUCCAUGGGCCACCAGGCACCGGCAAAUCCAAGACCAUAGUCGGCCUCCUGUAUAGAAUUCUGACGGAGGUAAAAUGUUUUUUUUUUUUUUUUUUUUCUUCCAGGAAUGUGUUUAUGUGCCAUAUCACAAACUUAAGAAUCAAAGUUCAAUUACAUUAAUAAAAUCAGAUUGAGUGUUUUUUCCUGCUAACCUGGGGAUAUUUUCAUAUAGUGCUUAAGAUGGCACUGUUGCCUGAAAAUGUAUUUUUGUAAAUCAGUUUAAAAAAGUAAUGCAAAUAAUUGGCUGUUAAUAAGUUUCUUUUUGUGAGGGUAGCUGUCUUGAAAUUGCAUCACAGUUGUCAAACCUGUAGUGACAAUGACACAUUUUGGGGGAAAAAAGGGUUAAGGACGUUGAGUGAUAUUAUCUUUGCCACUGAGCCCAAGAUCACACCUGUGAUAAAUCCAUGAUUUUUAAUGUCAUUGUAGGCCCAGUCCAGGAAAUAGAUUGUGGUGCAAAAGCCAACUAAAGUAUCUUCAAGUCUGGCUUAUGUCUGAUAUCGCUUAGUUAUGGUCUAGGUGUCAACAGGCCCUAGAUAUAUUUGUAAUAAAUUAGUUAAGAAUGGUUCCUAUUUUAUUGCUCCUGGAUUGGGACAGGCAAUAUUAACAACAUGAAUUUGCUCCCAAGGGUCUUAUACCUGUUCUAGAGGCUCCCUUUUAAGAGAAACAUUGUUGUUCUACUGCCAGUCAUGCAGUAAUUAAACUAAAGUGUCUAGCUGAAAAUAAACCAUACACAAUAAAUGAGUUCUUGACAUUAACAAAAAUUCAUGGACAACGGCGCAAAUCAUAGAUUUACUGCAAAGUGAGUAUCCUGUAAAGUAUCAUGACUAAAUCACUAACUACACAUUAGCUACAUUUACGAUGUAAGACCACGAAAAGUUACAGCACACAAUAUUAAUGCAUCAAGUAUUUAGUUUACAAGAUUAAACUCCUCGCCCACUCCUAGUGAGGUGGAUCAAAGUUCUAUAUGAGGCUCCUAAUUAUGUCCCCAAAUAAGAGAAUUUUUAAUAGAAGUGCUCUAGUAUAAGCUUAAAUUUCAGGCAAAAUUCCCCUAAUUAUGUUUAAUGAGCAUAUAAAACUACCUUAUUCAAUUUACUGUCUUAAAGGACCACUAUAGUGCCAGGAAAACAUACUCGUUUUCCUGGCACUAUAGUGUCCUGAGGGUGCCCCCACCCUCAGGGACCCCCUCCCGCCCGGCUCUGGAAGGGGGAAAUGGGUAAUAACUUACCUUUUUCCAGCGCUGGGCGAGCUCUCCUCCUCCUCUCGCCUCCGAUCCGCCCCGCCGCUGAAUGCUUGCAGCGGCAAGAGCUGCGCGCGCAUUCAGCCGGUCUCAUAGGGAAGCAUUUACAAUGCUUUCCUAUGGACGCUGGCGUGCUCUCACUGUGAAAAUCACAGUGAGAAGCACGCAAGCGCCUCUAGCGGCUGUCAAUGAGACAGCCGCUAGAGGAUUAGGGGGAAGGCUUAUCCCAUUCAUAAUUAUAGCAGUUUCUCUGAAACUGCUAUAAUUAUGAAAAAAUGGGUUAACCCUAGCUGGACCUGGCACCCAGACCACUUCAUUAAGCAUUUUCCUAUUUUAUAUAUUGGUAUGCGUGAAAGCUUUCUCUGGGUUCUCUUAACUUUGCGUUUAACAACUUAAAAUCAAGAGAACUUGAGAGGAUAAAUGUUCAUCUGCAGCUCAAGGACGUAAAUCUAGACUCAAAAUGAGACAGCUAUUGCCUCAGUCCUGGACCAUGAAUCUAUCCCCCUACUGUGCAUCUGGGGAUUCUGGGACCAUACUGCCCUAAUCACCCUAAGCUCACUAUACAUUGUUUACUUCAUGGGUACACUUUAUCGCUGAUUCUCCUUGUUAGGAGGUUCUCCACAGGUGGUCCCGGGAUGUAUCAAGGGCCAGCAGAAACGGACCUUUGGUUAGUGUAUAGUGAAAUAGUCAAACAUUCAGCUGGCUUGGAAGAAAUAGAAACACACAGACUCAUAGACAGUAUGCUUCUCAGGAUCUUCUAAUUUGAGUUUCCAUGCCAUCUUUUAUACAGUAAUGGUAAAAGGCAAGUCUAUUCUAUUUAAAGGAAUACAUAUAUCAAUCUACAAAAAAAACAAGGAGAUAAAAUGUAAUUUCUAAGAAAUGUCAGGGCAAUAGGUACAGAAUUCCAAGAAAUGAUCCGGUGUUGGACAAGGUGCAGUCUGUCAGUUGAUUUUGGCACCCUACUCAGAACACAAAAAGCAACUAAUGCAUUUAGUAAUUUUCCAAAGCAAACAAAAUGAAGGCCAUACCCUAAAAUGGAGUCUGGCUGACUAACAUGCUAUAUAAUUUAAUUCACAGCACACCUAAAUGUAGACUAACUAGCUUUCACUCACAGAUUCAAUAUGGCUUCUAUAUUUAAUUUUGUAUCCGGUAUACACUCCACAUUAUGUUCCCAAAAUAUGUCUGACUGUCUUGAUGACCUGUUAUCUGCCCGAUGGUAUAUCUCUUUUUAGACGGUAUUCCUUAACUUUUUUGCACACUGUGUAGCACUGGUCCAGGAAGCACCUCCAGUGGCCAACUAAGGAGUGGUCACUGGAGGUGUCCCUAUGAUGUAAUGUAAACACACUGCCUUUUCUCUGACAAGGCAAUGUUUACAUGAAAAUGCCUGCAGAGACUGACUAUACUCGCGAGAACAACUACAUUAAGCUGUAGCUGUUCUGGUGACAAUAGUGUCCCUUUCAAAUAAAAACAAGAUUAAACCUAACCCACAUGAUAUAACUAAAUGUAACCUACACAAUACAACUCACCUAUUAGUACCUGAAAGCAACCUUUUAAACCUACUUUUUGUGAAACCGAUCAAUUUAAAAUACUGGAUGGAUCUGGGCAGCAUUAUAUCUGUAUUAGAUCUGACAGGCUGCUCUUUUUGGAAAGAGAUGAGGCUUGUCUUACAUGGAACCGUUGGACUAAUAUAAGCAUGCCAAUAUUAUUGCAAGCCUUUGUAUACUAUGGCAAGCUGUGAAUUUUGGUUCUGUUCUGCAGAAGAGCAACACAAACAUUCCGGAUCAGAAUCUCAACGCGAAGAACAAAAGAAACAGAGUUUUGGUUUGUGCACCGUCCAAUGCCGCCAUUGAUGACCUCAUGAAGAAGAUAAUACUGGAGUUCAAAGAAAAGUGUCAGGACAAAAAUAACACACUAGGUUUGUGAAUUUGCAACAUAUGUAGCGUGGGUAGAAAGUGCUCCCCACUGUACACAGUGGAGUUAUUUACGGAGGACCAGAACUUCCAAUCUGGUAGAAAUGUGAAAAGUACAUAGAACUAAUAAACGUCUAAUGUGCAUUUUUUUUUUUUGGUAAACAGCUAUAAGGGUUUAGUAAACUGCAAAAAGAAAGGCUUCAAUGUAGUUUGUCACAGGGAGGUUUAUAGGAGCAAAUAGCCUUUAAUGCAAUUUUGAAGGUAAUUCCUUUUUUGAGCCUUGAUUGUAAUUUUAGUAAUGUAAGGGUAAAUAAUCUUCUGGCAUUGAUUGUUUUCUGUGCAGCUACUCUGUGACUGAACAUAAAGGAACACUAUAGGGUCAGGAAUACAAAUUUCCCCCUUAAAAAAACUAAAAUAAAAAAAAUGUAAAACUCACCUUUAUUAUAUGGGAACGCAAAAGACCUGCAAUUCCAAGGAGGCGGAGCCAAACGCAGCACUUAUCAUAGAGAUGCAUUGAAUUAAAUAUAAGAAUAUCUUAAGGUCAUCAACCCAGGGUUUUGUUUUUUUUUCGUUUUUUUCUCUUUCUCUUUCUCUUUCUCUUUAAAUGUGUGCAGGCAAACCGAAUUCUCUGAUUCUGUAUUCUUCACUCUUUCAGGGAACUGUGGAGAUAUAAACCUGGUACGUCUGGGAUCUGAGAGAGUGAUUUCCAGCGAUGUUGUAAAGUUUAGCCUUGACUGUCAAGUGAAUUACAGAAUCAGUGAGUAACGAGAAUUGUAAUGACUGACAGGUUGAUUAGAUAAAGUCUAGCUACGUUCACUGUUUAUUUGCUAUCUUUUGGGAUCAACAUUUAUUGCCUCUUUUAAAUCACUCCCAACUGUCUUUUUAACUUCCGUCAACACCCAGUUUUGAGUUUAUUUUACUUACCAUUCUAGUGUGACUGUGACCCUUUCACCUGAAUGUACAUCUUUUCUGUUGAAGAAGCCUGUGAUGCUACUCGUUCCUGUAGCACUAUUACCAGGAUACACUGACAUAUGCAGAUAACCUUCACUAUGUAUGAAGUGAGGUUACAAUACAGCUCCAUUGAAUGUUUGAGGCUACAAUAGAGCCCCAUUGCGGAGGUUAUAAAUGUAUGCUUGUGAGAGAUAAAUAUAUUUCUAAAGCCUACUUCUGUGCAUCACCUAUACAUGAAAACCAACAGAUUCAAUCCCCACACUCCCAGCAUUCUUUGGGGAGCCUUGAAUCUUACUAAACUUUCUUUCCUUUGCAGACCGAGCUCAGCAUGAUACUGGAUUACACAAGCAGAAAGAAGCACUGGACAGGCAGCUGGAUGAGCUUUGUCGGCAAAGAGCGAUGGAAAGAUGCAACAAGAACACCGUAAAAAUAUUUAUAUUAAUAUAAGUUCUACUAGGUUACUAGAAUUUAGGUGCCUUUUACAUUACCUUUAGUAUGCCACAGGCAUGACUAUUGCAUUGCAAAGCUACAUGUUGAGUACACCUAUAGCAUUUAGAGGUUAAGCGCCUUACAACUAUAAUUGCACACUGCUACACAAACACACACACACUUAACCAAUCACUCAGCCAUUCACUUAUAUAACUACACACACACACACACACAUAUAUAUGUUACUAGUUAAUCAUUAUACACACAAAAUUGAUUUAAAGCAGCACUGUCAUGCUGAACUUACCUUUCCCCUAAUCGCUUCCUCUUCUCUCCCUCUCUCAUGAUUUGUUCUCCCUUUCUUCCUAUCUAAUCUAGUUUUCUUUAAAACAUAAGACAAAGUAGGAAAUACUUUGUCUAAUGUAUUUUUCCUAUACUUGACCAGCUCAAGUGGGUCAGAUACAUUUUCCCACAAUACUCAUUUCUUCCGUGAUCUCGCGAUGCCUGCUUUCACUAUUCCAGAACGUCCUGUCAUUUAGACGAAACGCCGACGAAACUAUCGAAUGGCUUACUAACAGAAUGAGAACAGUUUGUUUAUUCAUGUUAGGACGGCAUUUGGUACUUUGAGGUCGGUUCGAAAUUUCAUUCGAAUGAAUAAAAAUCCAAUCAGUGCUGCGGCUGCAUUUUGCAGACUCUUAGUAGAUAGCUCUCUACUUCCUACGGUACUAGGAAGCUAUCUACUAAAAGGCUGAAAGACCAAGAUUGGUCUUUCAGCCAACUUCACUAAUACUAGGUAAAGAUUACUUAGUAUUCGUAAUUAAUCUACCACUACUCGCGAUAUAGCAUAUCUAGUAAACAGUUCACUGUUGUAAAAAAAUAAAGCCCCCUCCCACACCCAAAACAAUGGACACAUGGUGCCACAUAGUGUCCCACCCGUGCCCCGCGAGUGAGGGCUAUUCAACUAAAGGGGGAGCAGCAGGUGGGGGCCCUAAAUUAAAAAGGGGGGGGAGGACGGGACCUAUUGUUCCCCCACCCAUGGGGGCCUUAAAUGACAAUUGGGGGGGGGGGAACCUAUUGACCUACCAGCCCCCACCCAUUAGCGGCAGGUGGGGGACAUAAAUGAAAAGCACCCUAAAUGACAAAUUUUAAUUAAAAAAAUACUUACCAUUUGAUGUCUUUUUUUCUAAAACCUUGUUUUUAUUUAUUUACAGGUAUUAAGUUUUAUUGUUCCUCCCCCCCCCUCCUCUUUUAGGGCCCUCACUAAUGGGUGGGGGCUGGGGGGGACACAAUAGGUGUCGUCCCCAUCCCCCCCCUUUUUUAUUUAGGGCCCCCACCAGCCGCUCAUGGGUGGGGGCCAAGAGGGACCCUAUGCUGCUCUUUUUAGUAUACAUACCCUUACGGCAUAGCGAAUAGGGGCAUUCGGGAGAUUUCAAUCUCCCUUAUGCUAAUAUGGGAGUCAUAUUGACCCCCAUAUACUGAGGGAGGACAUAUUUUUAUGCCGGUAGCUACCUCCUUGUAAUAAAUGGAACAAACAAACACACUGAUAUUUAGUAUUUGUUUGUUCAUCUUUCUGACGAAUGAAUGGACAAAAUUCUCGUCCGAAUUACGGACAAUAGCGAAUGCCCAAGUGUUUAACAUGCGCAGAAAUUUCACAGCGCUAUCUAGUGUGGGAAGAUUACGUGUCCCACAGGGACUUCUUCUUCCCAAACAAAGAUGGCGACGCCCAGGACCUAGGUCCAGGCACGAUAUUAAGUAUAUAAAAAAAAAAAGUAAUAUGGGGAACUUAGGGGCAUUUAGGGGUUAAUUUAGAUGUAGGGAGGAAGGUUAAAAAAAAAAAAACUGGAUUCGGCCAUGACAGUGCCGCUUUAAUUAUCUCUCCUUCCCUGCUACUCACAUCAGUGAGCAGUGAUUAGAUGAGGUUACGAUAUAUAGAAUUAUGUCCAUGUUGUCUAGUGUUAACUGAGCUGCCUCUGUGCACUGUGACCCUUGAGAGCUAGAAAUAAGUAUUAUUAUUAUCAUCAUCAUCAUCAUUGGCAUUUUAAUAUGGCGUCAUCAAAUUCAGCAGCGGGAGAUUUAACAAUAAAUGAGACAAUUACAAAAAGUCACAUUGUCUCGUCCUUCUUAGUAAAUAUACUACAAGGAAAGUGCAAGGUUAUGCAGAGAGCUCUCACUUCUGUUGCAGCAUACAGAGAGCCUGCUCCCUCCUUUGUAGGCCUUGGGGUCUAGCUUGGCUUUUACUUUGUGUUUAGCCAAAGAGAGCAUUUACAUUGGCAGCCAGGAAGGCAUACUCUCUGAGCGAACGUCAAAUUCUCUGUUGCACUGUUCCAUGAUCUAACCAGAACUUUGUAUGUUUUAAUCUUAGUGUGAUCAGCUAGAUGAGACUAUAUCCAGACUAUCCAAGGACAGGCAGCUGCUGGCAAAUGCAUUGAGAGAGGUAAGAGAAUGGAUCAUUUACUACAAGUGUCCGAUUUUAAUAUUCUGCUGUAUCACUCCUCAAAUACCUGUACUUUCCCAUGGAGCCCAGUACCAAUCAUCAAAAGGGAAAUGGGGCAUUUGAGUAUUCAAACAAUAAUGGAGAUUUAACAAAGUGUUCUAUUCCAAAGCAUGGUCUAAAAUACUAGUGAGGAAAUCACCAUGGAAACCAGCAGAACCUGCAGGCACAUUCCAGUGGUGACUCCUCUCCUUUUACAUUUUCUGCAUUACUUUUUGGAACCAGACACUUUAAUAACUCUCCCCCACCUACUCAUCACACAUUGAUCUGCUUUCCUCUUUAUAACCUUUGCUCCAUUAAUUCAUGUUCUUCAAGUGGAACUAUCAUUGGUUGAGAUUUGCUUUUAACGACCCUCAGAGAAGAGGUGGCGAAGGCAGAUACUCCUCUAUCUCACCUGGUUUAUUCCUAAACCUGGUCUCUGGUUUCUGGCAGCUUCCACAAGGAAUGUAGUUCUAGUUGCCUUUUCUCAUCAGCGUGACACAAAAGUCUACAUUUGGAGGUUGAAGCUCCUUCAAGCACUGCCCAUUGACAUAUCUCUGCGAAGAAAAGAAAAUGUUCCCGUAACACUUGUGUCUAUUCACUAAAUGAUGAAUUGGCUAAAGCAAACUUGGCUACUUUUAUUCGGAUCAAUUUCUUUAGUUUUUUAAGGUUUGAAUUGAGUUAAAGCUAUCUCGUUGAUUCCGUGGGAUUCAUGUAAACAUUACUCAACUAACUGGGUGCACUUAGGGUUGGUGUAGUGUUAGACGUGCAGGUUCCUUGAUCUGGGUCAGGAGAAUUAAGUCAACUGAAGGAAGCAAAUUCAGUUGCAAUUUGGCUGCUUGUGAAUAGCAGAAGCAGCCGAAAUAUAUCGAGACCAUUGGUGAUUUCAACUUGAUAGGUUACAUUUAGUUAAAACCGCAAAAUUGGGGCAACAGCGUUCGUUUUAGUGUUUCUGUUUGAGUGGCGUGGUUGUAAGGCUACCUAUUAUGUAUGGGGACCAUGCCCACGCUUGGAUGUGAUUUAUGUACAUAUUGUAUUUAUGUAUAUGUUUUGUAUUAUGAGUGCAAACAAUAUAUGAAAUUAUAAAUAAAUUUGAAAGAAGAAAAAAAAAAUUGGGGCAACAGCAUUUUGUUCUUCCUCACUGCAUUUAGUGAAUCAAUUUUAGUAUUUCUUACUUUGUCUUUUAAGAUCUUCUGAGUACAUUUGAGUUUCAUUGAAAUCCUACACUAGUCUCAAAGUAAGAUAAAAAGUCAAGUUGCAGCGUCGUAUUAAUGCCUGUAAGUGACAGAAUUGAUUUUCGUGCUUCAUUCACCAGAAGUUACAUAUGAUACAGUGGUCCAUUACACACAUACACCAGGCUGCAUGAUGCAACAUUAGGUGAUCUUUAACUACCUGACAAUAACGUACAUCGAGAAAUGGAGUUUGCCAUCAUUUGGCCUCCUUAACACCUGAAAUCUACUUUUUGUUGUAGAGUAACUCCUUUUCAUAUAUUCCUAGUUGGAAAUGCUUUAUAUCUUUGAACUGGCAAUGGAAUAGUCUUUUCAGCUUAAAAGCAAGUAGAUUUUUUUUUUUUUUUUUAUGUUGGUGCUAAAAUAGUCUCUAUUAAUUGCCAGUGUUUUUACUGCAGUGGAUUUAUCCAAUGUGCGAUCAAUCAGUCUGCAGUGCCUCAUUUCUGAGCAGUGAUUAGAUAAUUGCCAUAAAAAACGGAUUCUGACAAGAUUUGAAAGACCAUUUGUUUUUACUUUAAAUUAAUUUAUUUCUUAAUGGUGAGGGCUUGGCAAAGCACAGUUUGCAUUUUGUUUUUCCUUAAUCUGUGUUUGAGAGUCUGCUCUCAUAUUCUGGACUAGUUGUUUAACUUAAACAUACAAUUGCAAGCUCCGCAGGCGCCCACAAGAGCUUCAGCGCAACAUCAUCCUGGAGUCUCACGUCAUCUGCUGCACUUUGAGUACCAGUGGUGGUUUCCUUUUGGAGUCUGCCUUCCGACAGCUGGGUCAGGAGCCAUUCAGCUGCGUUAUUGUGGAUGAGGUGAGUCUUCCUUAUGAUUUCUUCCCAUUGCAACAUGUUUUGGUAAUGAAUGUAUUAACUCUGUAUUUAACUCUGUCAUACAAAAAUAUUACAUGGGCCCAAGAUUACAGGUUGGCGUUGCAGCCUGGCACAGCUUCCCUUUAGCUGAGAGCUGCUGAAACUUGCUUAUAGGCUAUUAAACAGUAAUUCAUUCCAAGUGCCCAGUGAACUCAUUUAAAGUUCUGCUUGCUCAUUCAGGUGUGCAGGAGGCAGGAUUCCAUGUUGUCUGUCACACACUAAAAUUGUGUGCCUUGAACGACUGACCUUGGUUGCAUGUACCAAUCUUCUGCGACAUAUACCAUCCCAAAAUGACUGACGUGUCCCAUAUUUUAAAAUAAAUUAAUUAAAACAAAAAUCCUUUGUUGUUGUUGGACCCAUUGAGGGACUCUCUUCGCCAUAUUCUUUAUUUAAAAAAAAUAAAUAAAAAAAUUCUUCUUCCUGCCCAGGCUGGACAGUCCUGUGAAGUAGAAAACCUUAUUCCGCUUCUCCACCGAUGUUCGAAAUUGGUUUUAGUUGGAGAUCCAGAGCAGCUGCCGCCUACAGUUAUUUCUGUGGUAAGAAUCCUUGUUGAGAAUAUCUAGCACGUAACACGUUACCUAAAAGAAGAGCAGAGUUCUGAGCGUCUUCUUAGGCCCAUCAUAAUUGUUUUUAACAUUGUCUUUAUCAAGGUUGCUUGGCAUCAAGGUAUUUCAUUUUUAUGUUUUGCAUAAUUAAUAUGGUUCAGUGAUCGGUUUCUUGUUCAAUAGUUUCAGACAUGAGUUAAGUGCCCAAGCAAUUCAUGCAGAUUGACGUUUUCUUCCCAUAGCCACUGGUUCACAAAAUAAUUCCCCUCUUCUUUAGUAUUCUUUUUGGAGCUUUUGCUCAUGACUGAGUCUUCAUUAGAUGAUGUUGGGGAGUCUAUGCUUUCAGAUUUUCUCCUUUUCUUCCAAUGUUAACAAAAAUACCUGACAGAGUAGACAAAUGGGCUUAAAUGAAGGUACACCUUGAGAAGUUGACGGCAAUGUUAUCGGUAAAAAAACAUUAUGAAUGUAAAAUAUUCUAUUGUAUGUCCUCUUACAUACCUUGACUUACUGUAUAACUGUAUCAUUCCUUGAUUUUUGUACUCCCUGUCAGUCAAGAAUAAAGAAUUGAGGGGAAAAAAAAAGUUAUUUGCAACUGCACAUCUAUAGGGUUUAUGGCUGACUCACCAGGCUUGAAUUACUAUUCGCCAAGGGCUAGUGGAAAUGUUGAACCCUGCAAGACUUCUAAACAUUGAAUGGACACACUAGGCACAUUAAAGGAACACUAUAGUGUAAGGAACACAAACAUGUAUUCCUGACCGUAUAGUGGUAGAAUGACUAUUUAUGUGUCUAUCUUUACGUGAAAAGAUGAUUUUACUCACCCUUUUUCCAGUGUUGCGCUGAUCAUGCCUGUGGGGAGCGUUCAGCUCGAGACGCUGAGCGCCAGGGCUACACACUGCAGCACUGACUUGGGAAGCACCUCUAGUGGCCAUCUGAGUGACUGUCACCAGAGGUAUCCCUAGGCAGUAAUGUAAACACUGCCUUUUAAUACAUUAAAAAGCCUGCAGGGAGAGGCCAUAGACCUUAGCUGUAGUUGUUCUGGUGAGUAUAGUGUACCUUUAACCACAUACCCACAUCUAUGUUCUUGCAUAUCUUUUUUGUUAUGAGGAACUUCCCUGUCCCACCUCAGUCAGUUGAUUUAUAGCUGUAACUAAACAUCCACCCAGCGCUCUGUGGUUGCUACGCUCCCUGUAACUUGUUUUAAAGCUUUGCAUGUAUAUUUGUGCUACCAUAUUUGCUAGCAAAUGUAUAGAUUUAUUUAUUUCCCUUUGUAUUUUCCUGACCUUUCACCUUCUUGUAUAUUUGGACUUACUGGUGCUACAGUAGCAUCCCUGAACCCAUAGCUUGUGGCUAAAUGCCAGGCCUUGUGAUUAACUGGUUUGGCAUUAAGGGUCGGGGGGUGCAUGCGUAGUCUCCAUGUUUAUUCCAGAUUUUCAUAGUGGUCAUAGUGAUCUUCAGUUAUCUAUAUCUAUUUAAUGUAUAAGUUAUCUGGUAAAUUCAUCCAUUAAUAUGGAUAUUAUCAUUUAAUGAUUUAUUGAUGGAUAAAUGUAAUUGCCGUUUUGAGUUCAAGGGUGAUUUACCUGUUAACAUGUUUAUUCUCCAGAGAGCUGAGGAAUUGGGUUAUGGGCAGUCUCUGAUGUCCAGACUUUGCAAGCAUAUGCAAAGCUUAAGUACAGAGUCACCAGUCCUGCAACUAACUGUUCAAUAUCGCAUGCAUCCAGACAUCUGCCUCUUUCCAUCAAACUACUUCUAUAAACGAAUCUUGAAGACAGACAGGUAGCUAAAAUGACCCGAUGCAUAUACAUCACUCUGAUAAAACAAACAAAAUGAGUAAACCUGGUGUUCACCUUUGCUUUUAAUGUACUUCACAGGGCGAUCGAAGAAGUCAGGUGCUCCAUAGAUUGGCCUUUCCAGCCGUACAUGGUGUUUGACGUGGUAGAUGGCUUUGAGAAGAAAGAGAGAGAGUAGGUAUCUUAAUCCUCUAAUAAGGAGGACAGUUUAUCAGACCCAUCAGCAAAUGCUGUUACAGCUUUUCCUUUUCCCCUCAUCCAACCUGCAUAGUAAUUAAUUAGCGGAGAGCACUGGGUCAGGAAUUUGUAUUGGAGCACCAAAAUGGUUUGACAAAGAAAAAGUAGGACAGCGUCUGUAAGUUCUUUACACCAUAGCCUGUAUACUUGGGGGCUUAUGAUGCUCCAUUUAAGUAGAAUUGUGUGUCUUAAACACAAACCACAGUUGUCUAGAUAAAUCUAUACAUCUUUUUUAGUAUCAUGUCUUUUCUUGCUGUCUCUUUAAAAAAAAAAAACAACAGUGCUUUCACAAGGACCCCAAAUGCCUUCUUUUCUUUACCGAUAGAUCAUUUUCAAACCCUCAGGAGAUUAAAAUGGUAGUAGCACUUAUGAAACUUAUUAAAAGCAAGAAGAAGGAGUUUAGCUUCCGGAACAUUGGCAUUAUCACUCCAUACCGUGCUCAGAAGAUGAUGAUCAUCGAAGAGCUCAGGAAAGCAUUUGGAAAUGACCCUAUGUGAGUAAAUACCCAAUGUACAGCGCUACGGAAUGUGAUGGCGCUAUAUAAAUAAUAAAAAAAUAAUAAUAAAAGGAUUUGUCUUGUGCAGUUAGUGUUUGUGCUGGAGGGGUUUAUUUGUUAAAGAAGUAUGCGUUAGAUGCAAGACUGUUUGCCGUGAAAGUGAGAAAAUGUAGGAUAUGUUUUUAAUUUAUUUUUAAUGCAUUGUGGCCUUCCCUCCCCCCACAUUUUAGUAGGUAUUUAAAGGAACAGUCACUUCUCUGAAUAUCACUAAAUAUCAUUAAAUUAAGCGCAACAAAUAACUUAUAACUUGCGUUAAGAAUUUCUUUGUAUGAUGCUCUGCAAUAAUAGAAGUAAAAUUUAUAAUAUAAAUGUAUGUUAAAGGAGUUGGCUAUCGACAUCACAAUCUAAUUAAGUCCUGGCAUAGGCAAAACAUCCAUUGCAUUGUUCCUGUUUUCUCGCUCUCACUCUCUCUCCCUCCGUCCCUGUCUCCCUCCUUUAUGUAGGCGGUCUUUCAAACGUAUGUGCAGUUAAUGUGCUAGGCACAUGGUGGCAGCAAAACACUAUACAUUUAGAAUGGCUUUUGUCCAUAAUUUCCUGUAACCAGCAGAUGCUCAUAUUUAAAAUACAUGUUUUACCCAACUGAUGACCUCUUCUUUUCCAGCCCAGGGGAAGUGGACACAGUAGAUGGUUUUCAGGGUCGACAGAAAGAUUGUGUUAUUGUGACAUGUGUCCGUGCCAACUCCACUCAAGGUGCUAUAGGGUGAGUAACAACAAGUUCUCUGUUUGGAUUAUAGUUAUUUGUGCCCUGUUUAAUUUCUCUUUUAUGUUUGAUUUUAGGUUUCUUGCAAGUCGCCAACGUCUGAAUGUUACAAUCACUAGAGCCAAGUUUAGUCUUUUCAUCUUGGGCAGUCUCAGAACCCUUAUGGUAAGAAUCCCUUUCCCAUUGCAGAAUUGUUUCUCUUUAGAAUAAAGAAUUUAGAACAUUAUGUUACAUCACAUUCUUGGGAAAAUCAUGACAUUCAUGGGAAAAAUUGCAUAGAUAUUUAAAAAGAACCCGGAGAGGCUUAAAUAAUAAUAAUAUGAAUUGCUUAAGCUUGUCUUAUUCGCUGAAGCUUGUCUUAUUGUUUCACAUUAAAAAAAAAUUCUUCCUGAUGUAGUCACAGUCCUAUUCUCGUACGUCUCUCUUCUACUGGAGACAUUCAUAAUUUCUUGUAGACUUUGCUGCUGCUCCUCCUGUAAACCUGACAUUUUAAGACUUCAGUUGGAUGAUAUUGUAUUGAUUAAUAUAAAGGGUUAGCCACAUAGAAUCCAUUUUCCCUAAAAGUUGUCACGUGUUUAUCAGGAUGACACAAGCCAGUCUUGGCACAACUCUCUAUGAAGCGUUCUAAAUGCUUAAAAACAUACACCAAUUAGUUUACAGCUGUGUCAUUAUCAUUGUAGGUUUGUUCCUGUUUGAAAAGCGUCAGUCUAGAGAAUAAUCAAUGCAAUGGUUCCUUGUAUUUAGAUUACUUUCAGUACCCUUUAUGUAUUUUAAAAAGUUUAUUCUCUUACCAGUUUUAAAAAUAUUGUCAUCUUCUUUCUAAUGUUCUGAUGUCUUGGCUGCAGGACAAUGUGGACUGGAAUAAUCUGAUCCAAGAUGCACAGAGACGCGGUGCCCUUAUUAGAACUAAAGAGGAGACCUACCAGAAAGAUGUCAAUAAAAUACUCAAGCUCAAAACUGUUGUUCAGCGUCCAUCUUACCAUUCAAGCUCUAGACCUGAUGAUAGAAGUCGACAUAACUCAUCUCACACCCCUCAAAACAAAAUACUAAGGGAGCCAAAUAAGCCUCCAAGAAAUGUUCAGCAACCAACACAUAGGCAGCCUAUGGCACACCAGGCUGUGGACCACAGAAGGGACCCAAUUAAAAACUUGCAGUGCACCUCUGUUGUUCCAACACCAUCUUCAGUUCCAACACCACUUUCAGUUCCAACACCAUCUUCAGUUCCAACACCACUUUCAGUUCCAACACCACCUUCAGCCACUAGAGAGAAGCCAAAAGACCCCAGGUUGGCACGUCGGCAGAAUAGCACAAGUGAACCACAGGGGAGCAAUGCUUUACCAGGGGAUUCUCCAUACAGUUCCACUGUAAAUCGUGAGCACCAUGGUAACCAUUACCAACCAUCUGCACCUUCAAUAACAGACAAUAGACAACCUCAGUAUCAAAACCCUGGAUCUGUCAACCAGGGUCAUGGACACUACUACAGAGACAGAGAUUAUCGAAUGCAAAACCCAAUCUCUGAAGCGGGCCACGAGGCCAAGAAGAGAAAGAUCCUCUAACUGGCUUUUCAUCAUGGUCUUCUUUGGCAGGACAUUGAAGUAAAAAAAAAAACAAAAAACAAUACUGUUCUGUUUUGUAAAGUACUCCAAACCUUUGUAAUUAACCCUUUCUAUGCAAGAAUUUGAAAAGGGAAGGAAUCCCAGGUUCACCAAAGAAGUCUUUACCUGUUGAAACAUAUGGGAUUAUUGUAUAAUAAAUGUAAUUACUAGUGUAAGAUAGUUGUGCAGUUAUAUUAUAGAAGUGCUUCGGGGGAUAUGAGUGUAUUUUAUUGUAGAUUGAUUUUAUAAUGGUGAAAAGCCAACUGUUUCUUGGUUGUCUGAUACAUGUUAGUUUGUUUUGUUUUUGUUGCCCCAUUUUGUCUCAUCAUGGACACUAGCUGCCUGACCUGUACUGAUCUGUCAGCUUUUGCAAAAACCAUUCCUUGUUUUCUUAGCCACUUAGACUGCCUUACACAGUGCGUUUGUCCAACUUUUUGCUCUCAAAUUCCUAGUGUGUUUCUUUUUUUGUUUUGUUUGUGUGUUUUUUUUGUUUUUUUUUUACAUCUUAUGUUCUUGGUAAACCUUAUUCUCAAUAGCUUGAAAUGACACUAUCGCAAUGGUUAAAUGUCAGAUAUAUGCAGGCACAUAUUUUUUUCCCCCUCUCUCCACCCAAAAACCAUUAUCAAAAUAGGGAGAAAAUUUAAUAAAUUCAGCUCCUUUUUUUUUCCAACGGAUGGUAUUUAUUGUACUUGGAAUAUGUUAAUGCUUGUACAGAAUAGUUGAUAUGGAACAAUUUGCACUUACUACAUAAGUUUGUAUUUUCGGAAUUUACUUUGCUCUACCUAAGCUACCAUACAUUUUUUUUUAUUUUUUUGGUGUUGCAGUCCUUGAUCUCUAAAAGGGACAUUGUAGGCACCAUAACAGCUUAAUCUCAUUGAAGUAGUUAUAGUGUCUGGAGACCGCUGGCACCACCCUUCCAUUUAAACCAUAUUGUAAUCUUGAACCGUUGUUAAUGCUAUAUUAGUGUUCCCAGCAGCUCAUCCCCUCUAUGCUGCUUGGGCUAAUGGGGAAGUAUCAACUUGAGCAGCAGUGGAUGUCUGUGAUGGGCUAAGAGUGUCAGCUGACUGCUUUCAGCCUAUCACAGUGCUUAUUAAGUAUGAAUUGGUAUGGCUAGAAAGAGGUGUGCAAUCUCUGUGGGAAACUAGAAACACACUUUCAUUGUUGAGCUGUUCGAAAAUGGAUUAGCACUGAAUGGAGGGACAGUGCCAGGGGUCUCUAUGCGCUAAAAUUAAUUUGACGAGAUGACAUAGUUAUUGUGCCUACAGUGUCCCUUUAAAGUUCUGAAUUAGAUCUUCACUCCUUGAUGAAUUUAUAUGUAGUUACAUAGCCUAAAAAGAGACAUGCGACUAUCAAGUUCAGGCUUACAUGUUUUAACCGGUUCUUGUCGUCACAGAAGCCUGCAAGUUUUAAUUGGCAUGCGAAGAACCAAAGGCAAUUGUGGCGCUCAUACAAGAUAAGUCCUAUUAAUCAACACACACUUUUUGCACCAACACUAGUUGUAGUUCUGAAAAGCCCAGGAUGCUUGGCUUGCAGAGCAUUAUGGGAAAUGACACAGAGUAACAGCUGGAAAGCAGCCUCUUGGCUCUACCUGACUUCAAAGUCAACCACAAUUCUGCAUAUUUUAAAUUAUUGAUGCCUGUAGGGUCCAAGGUCAGUCACUGCUUCCAAGAUAUAAAGUGGAAUUACCCUGUGCAGAAGAAAUGGAAGCAUGUUUUGACUGUGUAAUUAAAGGGACACUCCAGGCACCCAGACCACUUCUGCCCAUUGGAGUGGUCUGGGUGCCAACUCCCACUACCCUUAACCCUGCAAGUGUAAUUAUUGCAGUUUUUUAUAAACUGCAAUAAUUACCUUGCAGGGUUAACUCCACCUCUAGUGGCUGUCUACUACUAGACCGCCACUAAAGGGCACUUCCGUGGUUCUAGCACAGAUUUUGUUAGAGCGUUGCUGGACGUCCUCACGCUGUCUGAGGACCUCCAGCGGCGCUCAAUUCCCCAUAGGAAAGCAUUGAAAGCAUUUUUAAAUGCCUUCCUACGGGGAGCUCUAAUGCGCAUGCGCGGUAUUAGGUCUCCCCGGCGGGCGGGAUCAGACCUUUUACGUUACAAGAAUUUCUUUAUUAUGUUUAUCUGCCCAUUUUGGGUAAUUUUUAUACAUUGUUGACAUUUUUAAUUCUGUAUGUUCAUAAUGUGUUUAAAG